GACAACAACUUUUUUGAAAGCUUGAUGCGGAGCUCUGGCUGCUCUCCACCGAAUACAACUUGGGCUGCUGUCACGAGCAUAUAGUGCCCAAGUGGCGGGAAAGGUCAGAGGCGUUGGGUGACGCUGAAACCGCGCAGGUGUUGGCGGCAGGUGCGGGUGGGGGGUGGCCAAAGCCGUCCCUGGAGACGCCGAGCAAGGUUCGCACGACCAGCACCAACGGCUGAAGGAGCGCAUUAUAAGUCCUGGUAGCGAGAGACCCGGGCGCCACGUGACGCUGGCCCCAGCCUCUGGCCAGCCGGCGCUUCCCGCGUCCCCAGCAGGGAGUGCUAGUAGCCGCGCAGGUAGCGAGCGAGAAGCUGCAGCAUUUUCCCGCCCGCUGCUUGUCCUCACCAGCACCGCGCGCCCGCCAGCCUCAAGGCUCCUCUGCAGACGGCGCCGACGCCGAGCUGACCGGCUGGCUGGGAUAAAGGCCGAAGGAGGCUGGGGGGGGGGAGGCGGGGAGAGGGAGCUAUGGUUCCACUGCCAGCCGGGUGAAGAGCGUGGGGCUUGAGGGGAAAGGGCGCGCGCCUCACAGGAGCAGGAGCAGCAGGAGCAGUUUCUCCUUCUUCCUUCCCCCUUCUCUCUUCCCCCCUGCGUGAGAAGAGCGGCCGAGAUUCCAGCUGGUCGCCGCAGCAAAGGUACGUGUUUUCCUUUUCUUCUUCUUCUUCUGCCUGGCUAGCUCUGGCUGAGGGUCUUUUGGCACCGACUGCGUUGGGGAGCGCGACCGUCAGUGGGCGCCUUGGUGCGCCACACCGCUAUAACCAUCACAGCUCACAGGAGCUUUAAGCGUUAUUAUUAUUAGUAGUAUUGGUAUUAAUAUGGUGUUACCAUUUUGGUCGGGUAGGGCUACUUUCAGUUAACUUUGGGUGCCUCCUGGGUGCUUGGGACGGCAGGUUGGCCAGAGAGUAAGUCUCGUUGAAGCCAGGGAGGGCUUACUUCGGAGUAAACAUGGCCAGGACUGCACUGCAUAAAGGAUGCUGCAGGAAGGACCUGCUGAAGUUUGCGCAGGGAGGCAGAGAGGGGAAAGCGAAGAGCGUGUGAGGUGUUGCGACUGGCUGGGAGACGAUUUGCCAGGCGAUAGAGGCAGGCUUGCGUUUGCGCUGCCGCGGACCAGACUGCGCAUCCGCGUCAGUCUUGUUGUCCUCGUCGUCUGUCAAAUGGGACGUGCAACAGUUUUAGCGGAAGCACCGAGGACAGGAGGAACUCUCUCGGAGUUGACAUUUACAGCUGCAUGUUGUAAUCAUUGUAGAGUUUCCUAGGUUAUGUUUUAGAUCUCUUCAGUCUAUAAGUCAGUGAAGCUCCUUUUGUCCUUUGGAAAAAGAGAGGCAACGAUGCUUUCAGCUCCUUGGUAGUUUGGCCACCUUAAACGGGCUAUUUGUCUUGUUCUCUCAAAAGUUUUCACGACAAGGACUGCAAACUAAAACAAAAAGCCUGGAAAAAAAUAAACCGAAGAGAAGUUGUAAUGAACGCUGGUAAGGUUUUCCUUUGCAAAUCUCACCAGAGCUGUAACCUACAACUCUCUUAGUGAUCUGGCACCAAUGGCAUUUUUGCACAUCAUGUUUAUCAUAGUUCCUGUAAUGCAGUUGGAAGACCCAACAUCUACCACAUUUUCAUCCUAGCCUUCCUCCAGGGAACUCCUGGUGGCAUAGGCAGGGGUUAUUCCAUUUUUACCAUCACAACAAGCUACCAGGGUAGGCCACUGCUGCAAGUUUGAUCAUGGCUGUGCAGGGAUUUGCAUUCAUGAGUUGCUGCUCCAAGUCCAAAUUCUAAAAAGCUUUUGGGACAAUGUACUGUUGAUUUCAGAUUGUCAAUUUGGGUCAGAGCGAUAGUAUUCCGGUGUCGGUGACACAGUUUGGAGAGAAACAAAGCCACAAGUGCUGGUUGCUAUAUCACGGUAAACCAAGGCUCAUGGUUUGUUCCUCCUGGCUCCAGGGAGGGAGGAACAAAGGUAGGAGCAAUUCAGCAGUGUGCACUAGCAUGCUGCUCAUUCACAGCAAGUCAUGCCUUAUGGCUUACCACAGUGUGUCAAUGUGUAUUUACAUCCGUUGGAAUUGGUUCCAGAAAUAGGUUCAAAAAUGGUGGGAAAUGUUAGAUUUUGUACAGCCAAAAUCUGCUGGUUGAUACUAAUAAAAGUCUUGCCCAACUGUGGGGUUUCCCCCCUUUCAUUUUCUUAUGAACUAACAUGGCCCCUUUACACACACGCGCGCGCACACACACACACACACACACAACAGUUUUAUUGAUUUGAAACACAUUCCUAACUUAUCUCUUCUUUUGUUUGAAAUUACCCAAGCAAUGUGUUGUUGGCAGUAACUUUGUAACAGUCAUGUAAAGAUGCAGUAGCUGUUAAAAGAAAGCAUAAUUAAGGGUUAUGCAAUGGGACUGUUUAAGACUUAAGUGUUUUCAUUGGCACUUGUUUUGUUUCCUAGUGUAAUAAUGUUCCACAUUUUCAAACCUUGUGGGAUUUGCAUGACACAGAACAGGGUGAAGAGUCAUUUUAUUGAGACCUUUGGUUGUUUGCUUAAUAAAUACAAUUUUAAAUUAUUUUGAAAUAUUAGCUGUCCUAAUAUUUUGGAGAGCAAAUGAAAACUGCUCCGUGGCUUGUGUAUAGGUGUGCGUAAUGAAACAGAGAGAGAGGGAACUCUUCAUGUGGCUAUCUGAAUUUAUUAUUUAUUAUCUACAUAGAUGAAAUCCAAGCAGCUUCCUAGAGUUUCUGCUCACCCAGUGGAUUUUAAAAAUCCAUUUUCCAUAGGAUAGCUGACCCCUAUGCCACAUCACAAACUGCUUUUGAAAGGUCCUCCUACAAAGCAAGCCCAUAUAGUUUUACUCAGAAUUUGCACUGUGUCCAGAACAGCUUACUCACAGUGUGCAUAAAAUUAUGAGAGGUGCUGCUUGAAAAAAAAUAUCUUCAAAGACUUGCUCCAUUUGUUUCACAUCUUUCUGGAUCCUGACUGCAGUGCCUACAAGUACAAUUAAGACUAGACAAGAUUUCUUCCUGUAGCAAAUCUGUAUAGCAGAGAGUUAAUUUGUAAACAUUUGAGAGAAAAUAUUUAAUAAAAGUAGGUUAAAAAUUAGGAAGCAUUAACAAAUAACAAUAGGGUUGCCAUAUUUUGAAGAGCAAAAAAGAGAAUGCCAUGAUGACUCUAAUUUUAAAUACCCCAAAUAUAUGCUGGCUAUAGAAGCUGUGAUAUAUUGCUGAGGGGGGGGGGGCAGGAGAAGAGAAGAGGAAAGCAAGUCUUCAGCUACUAGUUAUGUCUAUGUCUCAUCCAGAAAGUAUAGCCAGAGACAUUUUGGCAAAUUUUAAAAAUCUGCCCAGACAGAAAUUUUACCCCUGAAAAAGAGGACAUGUCCUGGAAAAAGAGGACACAUGGCAACCCUAAACAAUAACAAAUACCAGCAAAUAGUGAAUUCCAGAUAUUUGAAAGUUAUGAGGGGUAGAAGUUCUGCAUGGCAUGGGGAAGAAUGUGUGACAGAGGCACGGGCACAUGCAUUCUACCCCUAAUUUGCCCUGUGCUGUGCUGAAAAGGAAAUAUUUAAAUAACCACGUUGGAAAUAUCUGCAUGGUUCUAACAAUGUUCAGCUGAACACAGUUAUAAGGCCCCUUCAGACAUUUAUGGGGAAUGCUUGCACAUGAGACAUGGUGGCUUUUGUCACACAUUCACUUUGAAUGCCUUGAGACCACAGCAACUAGGGCAAGAACUGACCUUGCAUCAAACUAAGAGACAUUGACCAUAGUACCAUAUAACUAGUUCUGCACAGCUAAGGAAGCUUUGGGCUAUGUCCCCUGCCCCCUGACAACAUAAUCCUGUGUCACAUGGUGAACUACGUUUGAAAAUGAGGGUAGUUUGAAAAGUAGGGCCUUCUCGGUAGUAGCGCCCGCCGUGUGGAACGCCCUCCCAUCAGAUGUCAAGGAAAUAAGCAGCUAUCUUAUUUUUAAAAGACAUAUGAAGGCAGCCCUGUUUAGGGAAGUUUUUAAUAUUUAAUGCUGUAUGAUUUUUAAUACUCGAUUGGGAGCCACCCAGAGUGGCUGGGGAAACUCAGCCAGAUGGGCAGGGUAUAAAUAAUAAUUAAUAAUAAUAAUAAUAAUAAUAGUUGCAAGCAGUUUUCUAUGGCAUGGAGGACUGCUAUUCAAAGAAAAAGGGUUUUGAAAAACCCUAUUCUGCAUGCUAAGCCAAUGGAUUCUUGCCUUGAAUUAAGAGAAUGAGGUUUAGUGUAGAGAUCAAUCGAAUAAAGAUAAAAAUUGUGUUCUGCAGGAAUUUUUAUAUAGAACUUUCAAUUUUUGAUUUAAGUUUAUUUUGUAUAAGCUUCACAAGAUGAUUAUAUCCUUCAAAGAUAACAAAUGCAGCACUGAACAGUAUGACAGCGUGAAACAGGGCUGUGCUCUUGCUCCAACUCUCUUUGGCAAAUUCUUCUCCCCAGUGCUCUCAUACACCUUCAGCUCAACUGAAGAUGAUGUCUCCUUUCAUUCAAGGAGUGACAAGGGGCUGUUCGACCUGGUAUGGUCUCUGCACCAAGACAAAAGUGCAGUGGAUCCUUAUCCAAGAGAUGUUGUUUCCAGAUAAUGCAGCCUUGACAGCACACUCUGUGGAAGCUCUAUAGAGACUCCUCAACUAUUUUGUUGAAGCCUGCAAGGAGUUCGGCCUUUUUCCACCAGCCUGAUGAAGACCAACUUCCUGAGUCAGGAUGUUGCCAGCACUCCAAGCAUCAGCAGUGAUGACUACAUGCUUGAGGUCUACCUGGGUUCCACCAUAACCAGCAACCUCCUCAUUGAUGCUGAGCUGAACACAUAUAUUUAUUGGCAAGGCAGCUACAGCAACUGCUUGCCUCUCUGAAAGGGUAUGGGGAAAUGUUCAGCACCAAGAUGGAGAUCUACCAGGCUUGUGUAUUGAGUACACUCCUUUACAGAAGUGAGUCAUGGGCAACUUACAACUGCCACAUACACUGCAUCAGGAAGAUUUUGGGCAUCACGUGGCAAGAACUAUGGAAUGUAAACAUGAAAUUUACGGCUUGUACUGCCUUAAAGGAGAAUUUGUGGGAAAUGAUCUACAGAUGGCAUCUAAUGCCGGUAAAGCUAGCAAGGAUGUAUAGAACAAAAAAUAAGAAAUGUUGGAAGUGUGGAGAGGUGGAGGGUGACCUCUACCAUAUGUGGUGGACCUGUAGUAAAGUGAAGGGCUUUUGGGAAUUAAUCUAUAACGAACUUUAAAAAAUCUUUAAAUACACUUUCCCAAAUAGACCUGAAGCUUUUCUACUGGGAUUGAUUGGAAAGGAAAUUGAAAAAAAAGAUAAAAACCUCUUUCUAUAUGCCACGACAGCAGCCAGAAAUAUGUUAGCUCAGAAUUGGAAAACAGACAUAAUACCGAAUAUAAUGGGCUGGCAGGUUAAAAUGAUGGACUAUGCAGAACUGGCCAGACUAUCAGGAAAAUUAAGAGAUCAGGACAAGCAGAAGUUUCAAGAAAAUUGGAGUAAAUAUUUGAUGUAUAUAAGAAACAAUUGUAAAUAUUUGAAGACACUGGUAGGGUUGGAAUAACUCUUACAGCGUGUAGCUGAUAAUAUGAUAUAUAAAGUACGUGACAUUAGAACUUUAUUUGAUGCUUACCAAAGAAAUGGAGGGAAGUCAGAGGCAUGAUAGAGCCUAAGUUAAAUAUGUAACCUAUAUAUGUGUAAUUUAUGAAUGUAUGUAUGUUUACUGAAAAUCAAUAAAAAUUUAAUUUGCAAAAAAAAAAAGGGGGGGGGAGAUUUUGGGCAUCACGUUGCAGGACAGAGUCUCAAACAAAAAUGUGCUCUCUGAAGCCCAUAUUCUUAGCAUGCUCACAUUCUUGUCUCAGGGACAGCUACGCUGGCUUGGUCAUGUCCACAGAAUAAAAGAUGGUAGGAUCAGGUUCCCCAAGGAUGUGCUCUACAAGGAACAAGCUUCAGGCACAGACUAACUCUGUGUUACAAAGAUGUCUGCAAAUGUGACAUGAAGGCUGGCAAUAUCAGCCUUGCUGUGUGGGAAAUCCUUUGCAGAUGACUGCAGAGCCUUGAGAUAGUCAAGUCGUGCAUCUGUAGCAGUGACCAGAGAAGGAAUGACUGUUGGGAGGAGUGCAGAGAGAAGAAACACCCUGGUGCAUCUGCAGCAGCACAACUGGAUGUCUUCAUCUGCCCCAGUUGCAGUAAAACAUGCCUCUCCCAUAUCAGUCUCUACAGCUACAUCAGGCGCUGUAACUCUCCAGUAGUUUGACUCCACCCCUAAAGGCGCACUCUUCCAUUGUCUUCCGAGACAGAUGGAUGCCAACCACAAGCCGUAAAGUAAUGUCCACAAUUGCAGAUAACAAUUAUGAUUUAAAAUUCUAUGUAAAACAAAUUUACUUUCAGUAUAAUAUUGGCAUCAUGUUAAAAAUUAUCACUAAGGUCCGCUAUGAAGCCAAUUAUGUAUGUCAAGAAAACUGAUUACCUUUUGUUUGCAAUCAAUUGCUUCUCAUUCUUUUGACUAAGAUCAAGUGUAGUGUGUUGUGUUUAAUGUAAAUGCAACUUAAUGGUGGUGGUAGACUGACAUAGUGAAGUUGUGGUUUUUUGUACUUUGUGUAUUCUCUGCUUAGUGCCAGAAGAUACUUCUUAAGGAAGCAAAUGACCUGAAAGUGAGGAGCUUUUUCAUAGUUGUCAGACCAAUUCUAGAAGCUUGCUAAAAUGGAAUGUUUAUAUGCUCCAUCAACUUCUUCCCUGUAGACAGUUGGAAAACUGACAUGUCUAUACAGAAAAUAAAUAUUCAGCCAGCAGUACCUUCUUAAUCUGUAGAAUUUUAUAAGUGUUUUGUUUUGCAGGGUGGAGGGGGGAUUGACCUUGUCUUUUCUGUAUUGUCUUUUUGUGUCUACAAAACCUACUCAGUUAAAAAUAUUUAUGUCUAAAUGUGAUAUACAGCCUGUUCCUCUGUGACUCACUGUCUUUGUUUGAAGGCAUUAUGAUAUGUGAUGAUCUAUUAAAUAUAUAUGAAGUGCUUCUACUAGUGCAAGGAUUUCUGCUCGCACAAUGGAACUUCCCCUCUUUCUCCCUAUGUACCUCCUGUCCCCGCACGCUCUCAAAAUCUGCUCUGGAGGGUUGAGGGAAACCCUAGAACAAAUUGGGGUUGCAGGAAGAGGAGAAGGAGGGGAAGUUCUAUUGCACAACCUUGUGUCAGAACUACUUCAUUGGGUAUGGCCCAUGGUAUCAAAAUAACCUGUGUUGAGACUUAUGCUGAUUAUUUAUACAUGUAUUCAUGAUACACUUCACUGAAAUAAUUGAUUCAAAUCAGGAUUUGAAUCACUAGGAAUGAAAAAAUCAGUUUGAAUAAGUUAUUUGAAGAAUCAAAUCUCUCUUUUUGUAAUCUGUGUUAUUUCCUGACAAGCUUGCAUAGUAAUUUUUUGCCAUAAAUAAUUAAACAUAUUGCAGCACAAGCCUGGAUUUACCAUCAAGCAACGAACUUGGUUUAAGACUGAUUUUUGUUUGUUAGGGAGAAAUAAAUCACAACCCUGGGUUUGGUAAUCCUGGGUUCAUUAAUCUAUUUGCUUCUCAAAGAGGGAUGAGCAAAGCAGAAGUGAUCAGGAUACAUGCACCAGAACACAACUCACAGUUUGGUUUCUUAAGCUAAGGUUUUUGUCUUACUGUUACAUGCAAACAUGACCAUGUGGAAUCCAAAUCAUUCCACACUUGUUGCACCCAAAAAGCUAUGAGCAUGAACUAUGGAUUGGAAAAUACCUCAAAACUAGGAUUGCAAAUCAGGAUCAAACAAUGAUUUCUCCUACUAGUUUGGAGGAGUUAUACAAACCACAGUUUUCUGGUUUGUCACCCAGUGGUAAACCACAUUUUACACAAAAGUGGAAAUAAUGGAUUAAAACAUAGCAUGCAGGUGGAAGAGGAAGUGCUGAAGUUUUCUCUCAGCCUGCCAACCCUGAGCACAGAGCCUGUUGAUGCUAAGCCAUGUUUCAAUGUUAAAUGUGAAGCAAUCCUCCAAAUUACCUUAGCGUGGGGUGCUUCCAGUGUGUUGCUAAUUUGUGGAUGGGAUUCAAGUGCAUAUCAGUAAGUUCAAGUUGUACAUUUAAAGUGGAUAUGGUGCUCUUGCGCAAUGAAGCCACUUCAGAGAGGGGGAAAAUACAAGUCUUUUUUGUCACAAGUGAUGGGAAAAUGCACUGUAAAAUGUGGAAUAACAAUUGUUUGACACGAUGUUGCAUAACAUUCCCAUAAACAAAUAAGAACGAAUGAUCAAUAAAGGGUGGACAUCAUGUAAUCUCUCACAAACUUUGUGGAAACCAGUUGAGAUGAACGCACACCUCAUCUGGAAGCAACCAUGGAAGUUUCAUGGACUACUUAUGUAACAUGAAAAUAGUUGUUUCUUGGUAAGUGUGUGGCAACUCUGUAGUCAUGUAUGUGUGACAAACCUGUGAAUCGAUUACUCCAAUCCCAGGGAUGUAGCUCCCUUGUUUCACAGCUUACAGAAUUUCUCUAUCUACCUUAGUCUAUCCAAGGCUAGCCUGCUAUUGGUGUUGGUUAAUACUUAUUGAUAGAAGUGCAAGGCUGCUAUGCUGAAAACUAGGGAGUAAUUCCUGCUGAAAACAAUGGAAUAUACUUCUGAGUAAACACGUAUAGCAUUUUGCGGUAUGUUACUCCCCGAGGUAUCUUGAAUGUAUAUUUGCUUUGUUUGUUAUUUUAACUUGUAUGCUACUUUUCCUCCUAAACGUGGCACAACAGCAAAAAUACAUAUCACUACAUGUUUACAAUAAAUACUAAUACCCUGCAACAGAUGAUUUUUAACAAGCCCCACUCUCGCUCUCGUAUUCUUGUGCAGUUCUUAAAGCAACAGAAUGGGGAACUCGGUGUUCUGCUGAGCAUGUAGAGAAUAACUGGGAAAAUUACAUAGCUUUCAAAAGUUAAGGGUGCAGUCAUCCAUACUUGUCUUGAGUGAGUCCAAUUUAAUAUUGUGGGAUUUGUUUCGGGGGGGGGGGGGAGGAUCAAACUACAAGCAGAAGUCUUGCUUUGUUUUUAAGGCCUUUACUUCUUUCAGAACACUUUUUGUAAUAUAUAGCCACAUUUCAAAUUAAGAGAAAGCUAAUUAUAUGGAGGACCCAAUUUUUAGGAGUGUGGAGUGACUUCUAACUCUCAAAGAAAUUAAUAGGAGAUGCAUGUAGUUAGUUAUGAAAAUCAGAACACAUAGCCAUAUGCACUAUAUCCAUAUGCAUUAUUAGUAGGAUGUUAUGCUUUGGAGGCAUUUAUUUAAUAUUCAAAAACAGCUGUUUAUUUUUAAACAUAGUUUGGGUGUGCACAGUAGUCUGUUCCCGUUUCAUGUUAACUAACAGCUGUUGAUGUUUUUAUUUCACAAGCUUUUUGUCCUGUUAAUAGAUAAAUUGAAGAAAACCCAGCCAGAUGGGUGGGGCAUAAACAAACAAACAAACAAACAAACAAACAAACAAAGUUUAUGUUUUCACUUGCCAUUUAGUGCCAGAACUACUGGAUGUGUUCCCACUCUUGUAUGGUUUGCAUCUGAUCAUUGGUGGCUAAUUUGAUGUUUGAACUAUUGCUGAAAGACCCACUUAUAUUUUAGUGCUGUUUCUUCUAUGCCGGUUCUGAAAUAGAGUAUAACUUCUUCACUCACCCAUUGAUUUUAGUGGGUCUGCUCUGAGUAUGACCUAGUUGGAUGCCACCCCAUAUCUUCGAAUUCAGCAUAGGCAUGGACUGGAUUUUAAAACAUAAUUAAUCAAAAGUUGCCAGUUCCUGUUGAUGUUAAACAAAUGCUACAUACAUGCUGAUAUGUCAUUAAUGGUGGUUGGGUUUGUUUGUUUUUUUUAAAACGAAAAGUUUGUUGGGAAGUAUCAGUCGGAAUAUUGAUAAUGAAAAACAAAUUCAUAUACAGUAUCUAUGGUUCAUGUCAGAUCCACUGUGAAGGGAUAUCAUCUUCUCUGUGGUGGUAUUUCAUCUGUGGAAUGCCUUCCCUUCAGAGGUACAGUUGCUUCCAUUUCCAUCUCUCUAUUCAUUCACAGCAAACUAUGGCAAGUUCUUAAAAAAAUGGGAGGGCCCGAUCACCUCAUCUGUCUCCUGAGAAAUCUCUAUGUGGGAUAAGAAGCUACAGUUAGAACUGGAUAUGGAACAACUGAUUGGUUCAAAAUUGAGAAAGGAGUAAGACAAGGCUAUAUAUUGUCUCCUUGCUUAUUUAAUUAUAUGCAGAAUUCUUCAUGUGAAAGGCUGGACUGGAUGAAACCAAACCGGAAUUAAGAUUGCUGGAAGAAACAUCAAGAACCUCAGAUAUACAGAUGACACAACUUUGAUGGCAGAAAGUGAGGAGGAAUUAAAGAACCUCUUAAUGAGGGUGAAAGAGGAGAGCGCAAAAUAUGGUUUGAAGCUCAACAUCAAAAAAACUAAGAUCAUGGCCACUGGUCCCAUCUCCUCCUGGCAAAUAGAAGGGGAAGAAAUGGAGGCAGUGGGAGAUUUUACUUUCUUGGGCUCCGUGAUCACUGCAGAUGGUGACAGCAGUCACGAAAAUAAAAGACGCCUGCUUCUUGGGAGAAUAGCAAUUACAAACCUAGACAGCAUCUUAUAAAGCAGAGACAUCACCUUGCCAACAAAGGUCCAUAUAGUUAAAGCUAUGGUUUUCCCAGUAGUGAUGUAUGGACGUGAGAGCUGGACCAUAAAGAAGGCUGAUUGCCAAAGAAUUGAUGCUUUUGAAUUAUGGUGCUGAAGUAGACUCGUGGACUGCAAGAAGAUCAAAUCUAUCCAUUCUGAAGGAAAUCAGCCCUGAGUGCUCACUGGAAGGAUAGAUCCUGAAGCUGAGGCUCCAAUACUUUGGCCACCUCAUGAGAAGAGAAAACUCCUUAGAAAAGACCCUGAUGUUGAGAAAGAUUAAGGGCACAAGGAGAAGGGGAUGACAGAGGAUGAGAUGGUUAGGCAGUGUUCUCAAAGCUACUAACAUGAGUUUGACCAAACUGUGGGAGGCAGUGGAAGACAGGAGUGCCUGGCGUGCUCUAGUCCAUGGGGUCACAAAGAGUUGGACAUGACUAAACAACAACAAAUUCAUUCAUUCAAAACUGAUGUAUGGUUACUGGAUUAUAGCUUCAGGCUGGAAAUAUAAAGUCUCUUUUGCUGUUGAAAAGAUUGUUUUUUAAACAUGUAAUUUAGUCGUCUAUACCUUGUUUCAAAAGUUCUAUUGCUUUUUUACCUGUGUUUUAAAGACAAUGGUUUUAUGGGUAUUUGGGGGGUUUUAGUUGUUUUGUGGACUUCAGCUGUGCUUUAGCUACAAUUCUAUCAUGUACACUCCUGUAUUAAAUUUCAUGGUUUAUGUUUAAUUUUUAUGAAUAUGGUACAUGAAACAUCCUGAGGUCGCUAAAAUUUAACACUGGCUUGAUUUAAAAACAAAUGCAUAAUCUUACCACAUUUCAGAUGAAAAGUGGCUGCCUUGAGGUUCGGUUUCAGCUAUAGUUGUGUGCCAUUGUUGUGACUGAGGGGCCUUUCAGUGGAUAGCAGAAGGCUCUGAUGAGCUUGAGGCAGCUGUCCCGACUCUGACUCUCCUCCUCAGACUCAGAAUUCAAACUGUCAACAUGACUGGAGGUAUUAAAGGCUGUAUUAACGAAGUCAGCACAGUAUUCCAAUGGGUCUACAGGUUACAAGCUAGUAAAGCACAGCAGAGCAUGACAGUGCAUGAGUGGACUUAGCUAAGAGGUUGAUGCAACAUUUGACAUUCCCCCGUGCUCCCCUUUUGAAGAGCAGGACAGGCACAGCUAUUUGUGCAGUGGAUGUCCCAAGCCUCAAGUCUGGAUAAGAAGAAGAAGAAGAGUUUGGAUUUGAUAUCCCACUUUAUCACUACCCUAGGGAGUCUCAAAGUGGCUAACAUUCUCCUUUCCCUUCCUCCCCCACAACAAACACUCUGUGAGUUGAGUGGGGCUGAGAGACUUCAAAGAAGUGUGACUGGCCCAAGGUCACCCAGCAGCUGCAUGUGGAGGAGCGGAGACGCGAACCCGGUUCCCCAGAUUACGAGUCUAUCGCUCUUAACCACCACACCACACUGGGUAGUCCUCCAUCAAGGCUGGGCAUGUAUGGUUUGUUUGCAGUGUCACCUCCAUGUCCUUGGAGAUGGAAGUGACACUGACGGAGCUAACUUGCUAUCAGACUUAUCACCAGGUGCCUCCCCAGAAGGUGUUCCCCUGACAGGGAAAGGUGCCAGUUGGUUCAGUGGCCUGUGAUAUUGCGCUUGGGGUGUCCUGUGUUGCAGGGGUGCAGGCUGUUGUCUUGCUACCUUGCUAGGCCUCUUCCUUGGCUCUGGAUUUCCACCUUCCAAGCUGUUGGGACCCUCUCCUGGGCCAGAGUCCUUCUAGGGUCCCAUAUUUCCACCCCCCAACUUGCUAGGACCUAUCCUGAGAUCAGACUUCUCUGAGCAUCUCCCACUCCUUCUUGUCAUCCCAACUGCCCUCUUUAAGGCAUCGCCAUGGAACUCAUGACAGCAACUUUCUCAAGCAGACUAUUGCCACCAUCCUGUGAUUCAGAGGGUGGGUCCUCUGCAGUACUCCUGCCUCCCCAGCCUCACAGAACUCAAAAGCUACAAAAUAAGGCAAGGGCUGUUUGGCUGACCAGCCAGCUGCUCCUGAAGCAGAGCUUACAGCACUUCCGGUCUGGUUAGGCUACAUAACACUUACUCCCUGCAGUUGUAGCAUCUCCUGUGGCUGGUUUAGCAUGGCCAUUUAGAGCUGUCCAAGGUCCUGUCUUUUUGACCGUCUUCUCUUGUGAGUCUUCAAGCUCACAUGUUGCUGGGCACAUGCAUUUUCUAAUGCAUUUAUGCCAGCUCAAAAUGUAUCUUAGUUUUGCAGUUUUGAUUCUGUCAAAACUUCAGGGAUAUUGCAGAGGACCUAUCUUUUCUGAUUUGUUCGGGGGGGGGGGGGAUGCUGCAUAUCCCUAAAAUUAUGUUUCAAAGUUCCUGUUUUGAUCAGUCAUUUAGCUAAAUGCAAAUUGUUCAGCACAUGAACAAUUGGAGGGAACGUAACAAUUUUUACAGCAUGUGUCACAAUACCCAUGGUAACACUGCCAACAAACAACAGUUAUGGUGCAGCAUGGCAACAACAGCUUUAUGGCUGCAGCCUGUAGACAAAGUAUAUUGGGGCUGAAAGAGUACAGGAAAGUGUGGGUACAUAGAGGCAAAUUUGUUAUACUGAUGAAACUUUGGAAAUUGAAUUGUGGAAAAAAAACAUCAUAGCUAUUACUUCAUGCACAAAUGAAAUAAAAACACAACUGAGAAUGUGCCCAACUGUCCCUCUGGCUCGGCAAUUGAGGGGGAAUGUUGGUAUUAGUGGAUGAACUGUUUCUUUCCAGCAACUUGUUCACCAUUGGUGAGCUUCCUCAUUACAGAACGUUUGACAAGCAGGAAGUCUGUAUGAGGGCUAUUAAGAGAACAUCUCAUCCUCUGAAUUUUAGAGAUAGUAUACAUGGCUAUUAUUUUCACUGUUCUUGCACCCUUCUUCUCUGGGUCCUCUGUUUUUUAUUCUAACAUUGAAUGAGAAGAAGGGGGGCAUCUGCUUUAUGUAUUCUUUCAAGACAGAUGCUUGCAAUAGGUUUGCUUUAGAUUGGGCAGUGUGCAGCGUUUGAUUGCUUACUUUGUACCCCUGCUGAGAAUCGCAACAUUUUUUUAACUGAGCACAUACAAUUUUGCAGUCAACCUGGCUAAUUAGAAGUGUGUGCUAUGUAAUUCAGAUUAUCCAAGUAGAGAUUGCACAUAAUGCAGCGUGUAUUACUGCACUGAAGCUUUUGCAGACUUUACCUAUUAUUUCAAAUUGAUUGGCUAAAUCCAUAAAAUAGUUUGAGAGAUUCCAUUCCUUCAAAGUAGUAAAUAACACUAAACUGGUUUGGUAAGCAAAUAACAUUCCUCCAAUUCAGAAAAAUAACAUAGCACACAUCUCUUGGGCCUGUGCCUUGGCUUCCUGUUUGGUCUCUUGGUGCUAAUGUCUUCAAUAUGUCACUGGCAGCCAUGACUGAUGGGACAUUUGUGACUUGCCAUGUCCAAGUGAAACUCUAGGGAAUGGAAAAGAACAAUUUUUCUUAUUUUUAUCUUAUUUUAUAAGCAAUAAAAUGUGUUUUCACAGUGGGCAGCCCUUUUUAUUUCAUUUUUAGCCUAGUUGUUGUGAAUAUGAAUAAUGAAUUUCAAUUUAAUUUCCUGAUUUAAAGUGAUGGACUUCAUUACACUGAGGCUGCAUCACAUUAAAUUUGAAUUCCUUCCUAAAUAAUGUUACAGACCUCGUAAGUUCACCCCAUGUAAGCAGCUCCCGUUUAAGACUGACCUUGCAUUCGUUGUUGGAAUGCUGUUGAAAGUGGCAUUCAAGUAGUGAAUGCUAUACAUACCACAUUUAAAAUUAGAAGUUCUCGCCUUAUGGAUAGGAGCCCACACAUUGUGAGCAUCCCCACUGCCAUCUGCAGCUUCCAGGGUUGGGAAAUGGUUGCUGGUGGUAUCCGCACGCAUGCAAAAUAAUAUCUGCCUUCCACAGGGCAAUCUUUUAACAUUGCAAUGGGAUGGGACUAUGUGUGUGUUCAUAGACCCUUUGUGAAUCAAAGUCUGCAGCUGACACCUGCAAUCUGCCUUUCCUAUCCUCCCUCUGUCAGUGACAUAAUGCUAAUUCAGUUUUAAAUGUUUGAAAGCAUCUUCCUCUUUCUGUGAGACCAGAUGUGGCAUGCACCAAAGCACCCAGUACUUAGCUAAAACUCCCAACUUUGAUCUGCAUCAGGGACAGUGGGAAAUCUUCCCUGGCCAAAGUCCACCCCAUCUAGAUGUGAUUGCUUCUGCGGGAAAUUUCAAAGUCAGCUUCCACAUUGACCAGAGAGUUUCCAGUAUGAGGUAGGUUUUUGUGUGUGCCAGACACAGCCAGCUUGUCUUCAAUUUGAAAAUGCCUUGAGCAACAAAUGAACUUUGGGAAUCAAAUAAGUUUAAAGGACCCUGUCUAGAUUAAUACAUUGUCUGACAAUGAAGUAAAGAGCUUAAGAUACAGUGGAUGAGAUUCAGAGAUGCUUUUCUGCAAAUAGACCUUUUCCACAAGCAGAAGAGCAUUUCCUGACCUCACACAUGUGAAGAAUAAACUAAGGGAGGAAAUCAAUGUAGCACUAUGGCAAUUGUCCCAUUGGUGCAAGCAUUUUUGCUUGCCAGAUGGAACGAUUCCCUGCUCUUCCACCCUUGUGCUAUUCUGGGGGUUCUCUUGACCUCCCAAGAGCCAAUGUUGGGGGCAUGCAAGACUUGCUAGUUGAAUCUGGCCCUGAAAGUCCGUAGUGUGUGAGGUCUUCCACUGGUUCUUGUGCAACAGUUUACAGAACAAUAGCAUUGCCAGUAUUUCUUCUUCUGGAAUACAUCUGGAUCCAACUCUCUCUCUCUCUCUCUCUCUCUCUCUCUCUGUUUGUGUGUGUUUGUGAUGCCAAUUUUAGAAGUUCAUUUCUUCCCUUAUUUUCAGUGUUGUCAAACCCUUGAUUUCUCUAAAUAAAUUCAACAUUACUAUUUAGUUGUAACCAUGUGGCAUGGAUAUUUCAUGCUCAGUUCACCUAUGCUGGUGUUCUAGCUAUAUACUGCUUGGAGUUUUGGCUCUUAUAUAGGUAUAUCCAGGCACAUUUAGUGCCACGUUUCUUGUGGAAGCCCAGAAAAGAACUGGGGGGUUAAGCAGGAUGUUAAGGAAUCACUCUGCACCCCCAGUUUGCCACAGUGGCAUGCUGCCUCAACACUCACUUUCUACGUCUUUACGGGAGCAGAUAUUGAGAGAGAAGGGAAUGUACAUGCAAAUCUGCACAGUAAUUUGUGGCAUGAGCAUUGGAAAUAUUUCCAUGUUGACUGAAAACAGUGUUGCAGUUCACCCAGGCUUUUAUGGGGAUUGAUUUGUAUGAUCUGAAAGCUUAUGGUUUUUUUGGACUGCUAAAGGAUUAAAGCCUACCAUUGUCCAGAUCUGACUCAGCACCAGUUCACUUGCUGUUUACUAAAUAGAACCCACCCAACCCCCCAGACAAAUUUUUAACAAUGGCCACAUCUAGUUUGGACUGGUGCAUAUUCAGUGAAUAUGGAAUCUUCCCUUAUUUGUAAUAGAGUGGAUUUGCAGAAUCCAUUUGGGUUACUUGAAUUAAUUGUUUGCUAUGGAUAUGAGGUAGCUAAAUUUUUCAUUUCCUCAGAAGGAGUAUCUUCUAAGGUUAUUGUAAGAUGCAUCCUAAUUAUGGUUUGCUAAUAGUGAAAGAGAAUAUGAAGCAAGGAUCCCUGGAUGGCACUUUGAGGUCCCAACAAUCAGCUGAUUAUCAUGGCAUCAAAGCACUCUUUGCAAGAAGCUUCUAAAAAGCCCUUCAUGGUGCUCUGAAGCUCAGAUGAGCAAGACUUUAAAGCUCUGCACAAGGCUCUUUGGAAGCCCUUUGUAAAGAGCCCUGCACUGUGCUUUGAUGCACCGGGUGCACCAACCUGGCCACCUUUUUACCUGCCUACACCUGAUGUCAUGUAUGAGGUCGAGUGAUUGGUAGGUGGAUGUAGCUUAGGCAAAAUGGCCUGAUGUGCAAAAUGUGGAGGCCUUGUGGGCCUAGUUAGACCAUGGGUCAGAGGUUCCCUACCCCUGAUGUAUGGGAAGGACAGUCUAUUAACUCUUGAAGCUGACUUUAACUGGUUGCAGCUGCUGUUGUGCUAAUAACUCAAGCAGUAGUUUUCCUAUAAAGGUACGUCGCAUUCUGGCUUUGGCUUUUAAGCAGACAAAGCUAUUUCGGUUUAGUAAAUGUUGAUAAUAUAUACUACGGGCUGCAGAAGUAAUGGAUACUGUUUAUUUUUUCAUAAGAGGUUGAGACAUACAGUGGUACCUCUGGUUAUGAACUUAAUUUGUUCCGGAGGUCCAUUCUUAAGCUGAAACUGUUCUUAUCCUGAGGUGUGCUUUCACUAAUGGCACCUCCCAUUGCGUGCGUGCCUGCUGCUCACAUCCUGGGGCAAAGUUCACAACCAGGAGCAACUACUUCCAGGUUAGCGGAGCUCAUAACCCAAAGCGUGCGUAACCAGAAGCGUUUGUUACUGUAGGACUGGGAAAGAGCACCUUCAAAUCCUACAAUGGUCUGACUGAGUAGAAGGCAGCUUCCUAUGUUCCUUAUUCUGGUGAGAAGACAAUUCUACCCAUAUUCUGUUUUAUUUUAUUUCUGUUUCACAUUCUAUUAAAUAACUGGAGCGUUAUAUAAAAUGUAGACUUCUAACGUGGGGGGACGGACGACUCUUGCACAAUGUAUGGCGUUUUUCAUUUACUUAAAUGGAAAGAGCAGAUCUGUGCUUCAUAAAAGAAUGUGCAGAUAGCUCUGCUCUCUCUCAACUGAAAUGAAUGGUGGGUGUCUAGUCAGUGCUGUGUGUGUUGGGGCUCUCAAGGCCAUAGAAAAAUGAAUGGACAGGCUAAAUAUAUGUGAGUUCUGUUGACUUUUUCUAAGAUGCAUUGCUUCUGUUUUUCUGCUAUAUCACUGGCAGCAUGUUAUAACCACAAUGGCUUCUAUAUUGGUGUUAUUCUCAAAUGCACAAUAGCAGUUAUAACCACUCCUUUUAAAUUGCUGUAAUGCUUGACCAUGUAAACUUCCUUGUUGGGAGAAGAACUAAACUUGUUACAGUUCAAAUACAGAACUGUUGUUACCAUAGCUGAAAGCAUCAACUCCUCUGACAAAAUGCCUUUGAAUUCUAGGUUUCUUUAUUUUUCCACAAAUGUACAGGAUCUCCAAGAACUGCAAUUUUAGUAACACAGAAAUCCUAAUUAGGCAGUGGGGGUGGGAGAAGAGAUAAGUGGCAAGUCAAUCCAUCACUUCCAAAGUGCUGCUGGUUCACUUUGGGAGGGAGGUGUAUUUUAUUUUUAUUUUUUUAAAAAACCCCACAUUUCAUUGCUUUCAGUGGGAGGGGGAAUUCCUAUAAGUAUAGGAGCUCAGAACUAGCAAGCAAUGGACUUUGGAUCCAGCAGAUCCAAGGCUGUCCUUCUCAGUCAGCCUUAAGUAGGAGUUGGUUUGCUGUGUCGUAAAUAUUCUUUAUUCUUCUAUAAAUGCCAGUGUGACAUUAUUUCCCCCGAUGGUUUUUGCCCUCAGAUCUGCUGUUUAGACCAAGAUGAACUGGUAUAAUAUUUUGACUGGAUUUCUACAGCUGAGUAAGUUGUCGGCUACUCUUUCUAAACAAUAGCAUAAGAAAAUAAUCUUAGAAGAUGCUAGUCGUCUAUUUGGUGCACUUCUUUCUUGGCCAGUGUCCCUGAAUUUCUCUGUAUCUUUGAGGGAUUUGAUGCUAGAAUUAGUAACAGAUUGGCAGACGAAUAUUAUAGCUCAAAUCAUAUCAGAGGAAACAUUUUUGUGAUGAAAUUGUUCUAGAUAAUGUAAUAGUAUAGCAAGCCGAGCAUACAGUUGCAAUCAAAAUUAUUCAACCCCCCCCCCACCCGGUUGCAAAUUGGGUUUGUUACCAAAAUUUAAAGGCUUUCAGCUGUUUGCAAUGAGCAAAUCAAACAAAAGCAAUUGAAAUAGCUCAACGCAACAGAUGCUUCAAGUGGUUUCCCCAAUUAGCAACUUAACACUGUAAAUUUUGAUAAUAACCCUAUUUGCAAUGGGUUGUUUUAUAAUUUGACCACAUACACAGGUGCAUGUUCAAAAGAUAGGGAACACUAUAUAUUAUCUCAACAUUAGCAACAUGAUUCUGUUCUGUUGAUUUCUUACAAAAUAUACAUAAUAUAUGGUCAGAAUUGCCAUCUUAAAGUUAAUAGCCACUAGGCUUUUAUAGAUCGCCUUCACGUGUCGAACCAAUGUGUGGGGCUGUGCUGGCUAACACCACCAACAAUGUUGCAUGUGCUCACUAGCAGUUGUUGCUGUCAUCCAUACAUGCUUCUGCAGCAGGGAGCCUUUGUGUGUUCAGCUGUGUGGAUGAAGGUUUCCACGUGAUCUGGAAUCCUGUGAAACAUGUGGUAAUGAUUUGGUUGUUUAAUUAAAAGCAUUUCUAAACUGUUCAAUAUUUAAAGAUAUCUGCGUGGUGGACAGAAUUACAACAUGAAAACAACAAGACAGUAUCAUAAAAACAGUGAUACAACAUAGAGAGCAGGAAUUCAGUGACUGCGGGGUCCAGUCUUAUGGGGCAAGGCCUAGGCAUAAAAGAUAUGAAGAAGAUGAAUGAUGCUUUGUUUACUGUAAGAGGAAAGGACAUUUAACUGUGCAGGGGGUUCCAGGUCACAUGGAAGGCCCCCUCCCUGCACAUAUUUGUGCUGUCCCCUUGAGCUCCAGGGGGAAGGGCUGCACAUUGCCUGUAAUGUUGUGGGCGGGGCUAAUAGUUGUCACUCCUCAUACACUGAUCUACUGCCCGAGGCCUUUAUAUGUACAGAGACAUACUUUUGCAAAGUAAGUACAAGUGGUUUUAGGCAGUGGGGGUGGCCAGUAUCAAGACAAAAAACACCAGUUGCAAAAUUGAAAAACUUGACAAUAUAAAACGAUGUAAAUAAUGAUGAUGAUUAUUAAUAAUAAUAAUAAUAAUAAUAAUUUGUACUCCUGAAUUUUGUAACUAAUUUUUACAGGGAAAUAUAAAUAUGCUGUUCUGUAAUACAUACGUUUAUAAUAUAUACCCUUCCUUGCUGAAAGAUGAAGGCAAUUUUGGAGUGCUUCUCAGGGGAUGGAACUGUGGCUGAACUGCUUCACAUCAGUAUACAUAAGUCAUUUUAUAUCUAUCUGAAUCUAGUUCUUGAUGUUUUCUUCAUGAGUAAUGACAAAAUAAAAGAAUGGGGUUGGCGGGGAACCUAGAAUUAAGCUGAUGGCCAAAAAAUUAUUUAAGUAUCAGUGAAUGUAUUUCUGUGAUUUUAUGCAUGUCUUUGGAAGUGUGCGUUCAGUAAUUUUGCCCAGAAUUUGUUUUAUCUUGUGCUAAUAAAUGUUCUAGCUCUCAGUUAUAUGAGGUAUUCAGACUAAUCCUUUUCCCCCCCUGUACCCUCAGAUUUUCUUCGAAUGGUAAUUUCCUAUUGCAUGGUAUAUCAGAUUCCUCCACAGAGCUUUCAGCUACCAUGUGUGCCAUCAGAGAAGACUUCUAACAUUUCUUUGCCCGCUGGAAUUGCAGAGAAUGGUCCUAGCAUAAAUGAGGAACAUGGUACAAUUAAAGCCAAUGCCACAUCACUGGUGACUGAAGAUCAUUUCCUAUGUUGCCAGUGGAGUGAUACACAUAUUAACUGUUUUGUAUAUACUUCAGAAAUGGAAAUCAAGGCAUUUACGUACUCAGAAAGUGGUGCUUUUACAUCUCAACAAAUAGGUAUGCUUGGGGAAGGUACAAUCAUCAUUAUUAUUGUAGAAAAUCAUUGUUAUUAUUGUUGUUGUUUUGUAUACAGCCCUUCUUCCAUAUAUCUUCCAUGGCGGUUCAAAACAUAAAAAUACAAGAUAAAAACCACAAAAUACGUAAUAAAAGCAAACAAACUAAUAACCUCCACCCCUUCCCACAAACACACUUAAAAGGGUAUAGGACAGGGGUAGGCAACCUAAGGCCCGUGGGCCGGAUGCGGUCCAAUCACCUUCUCAGUCCAGCCCGCGGACAGUCCGGGAAUCAGCGUGUUUUUACAUGAGUAGAAUGUGUCUUUUUAUUUAAAAUGCAUCUCUGGGUUAUUUGUGGGGCAUAGGAAUUUGUUCACCCCCCCAGAUAUAGUCCGGCCCACCACAUGGUCUGAGGGACAGUAGACCGGUCCAUGGCUGAAAAAGGUUGCUGACCCCUGGUAUAGGGUGUUAAUCAGCCAAAGGCCUGGUUGAAGAGUAACGUUUUUGCCUGGCACCUGAAGGUAUGUUGGUGUGUAAUUGAAGGUACCAACCAACCCAACCCCCCAACCCCCGAGAGAACAUUCCACAAACAGGGAGCCACUGCAGAAAAUGUAAGAGGAUGUUUUGAAUUUCUUGGUAUUGGUACCAGUAAAAGAAUUAAGAUCACCCCAUAAUUUAAGAACACUUGAUUAUUUUAUUGGGAUUGGAAACUUUCUUAGAAAUGUGUUCUCUCCAGUACAUGGUAUUUCAGUGGUUUUGGCUUGCAAUGAAGUUCUGAAAAAUAUGUAAAUUUUCCAUUUAGAUUCAAUAUGGAAUCUACAGUUUUGGUCUAAAGAAAGCACAGAGGAGUUAUUUUGUCUUGUGGAAUUAUCUACUAAGUCACCAUACCUGGAUGAAGACCUUUCAGUGAAUCUGUUGUACACAUUGUAAGUAUAAUUAUGUCAAAUGUGAAAUUUAUGUAGUUUACAAUUUUCAGGAUUAUUAUUUUUUUAAUUCUGCUUUACUUCUUCUAACACUAGUGGUGGUAAUGGGUUUGGGAGAAGAGUAUAGGAAAUUAUCAGCUGCCCCCAUAUAUCAAACUUUAAAAGCAAAUUGUUAACAUUGGGAUUUCCUCCUGUCCUGCUCUAUCUUUGUCCUUUUAUGAAACUGCUACUAACAUGAGUUUGACCAAACUGUGGGAGGCAGUGGAAGACAGGAGUGCCUGGCAUGCUCUGGUCCAUGGGGUCACGAAGAGUCAGACACGACUAAACGACUAAGCAACAACAAAGCAUUUUAUUUAGAUCAGAGGUCUCUUCUGUCAAUAUACUUAUUGUGCAAUAUUUCAUGGUUUGGCCAUAAAGGAUGAACUUAGUCUGCCUCAUCAUGUUGACAUCAGAUACUUUAUAUUUCUUCAGUUACUAUUGGCAUGUUUUCCAGCAGUACCCUUCACGCAGCCCCUUUGGAAUUUUUUAUUGCUGUUCCAUGUGUUCUUUUGAAUAGUUAGAUGUUUUGCUUACAUGACCUGGUGUCCUUUAUGUUAAAUGCAAAAUUUAUUCAUAGAAGUGUAUGUUUGGUUAACUUUGAUGAUAGCAAUGAUCUAAGCAUGUUGAUUUUCAUAUGAAUGGUACACAUUUCUGUUAGGACUUGUAGAAGGACUAUGUUCAUCUCAGCUGCAAACACAACAUCAGACACUCAUGAUACUUAUAGUAAAUCUUUGUCUCCUAUAAUGUAAACCUACUGUGCAAAAACAUAUAACAGAGGAUCCAGCAUAUUUCCAGUCUUUCCCAAUCUCCUAUCGUAAGUAUACUACAAUUGUUGAUAUGGGCUGCCCAUAUUUUAUGAAAGCACUGGCUUCUCUGUAAAUAUGUAAUAGCUAUUACAGCCUUGGACAUUCACCUCUGUGGGGAACAGUGAGCUGAGUAUAUUCUACUGAAAACUGCAAGCCUAGACCUAUUGAUCUCACUGGAACUUAUUUCUGAGUUAGAAUAGAAUUGGCUGAAAAUGUGUCAGCAUGGAAUUAGGCUGCAAAUGUAUCAGCAAGUAGAUUCAAACAUCAUAUCCCACAUCAUAUUUAUAGAAUACAACAUGCUCUCUCAAACAUUGCUAUGUUAACUGCAGACAAAAAUAAUAAUAAUGUGCCCCCUUUUUAAACAGAGUGACUCUAACUUUCUUGUGCCACAACAAGGGUUCUAAAAUCAGUCUGUCAAACCAAGGGAAACCAAGGAUUAUUUCUUGGAAUUUGGUGGUGGAAUUAGGCUGCAUGCAGAGUGAAGAGUUCUUGCUCCAGAGUCUUUUGGGUAUCUGAAUGUUGACUGCAAUGAGUCAAGCAGUGUAAGCAUUUAUUGGGAUAUAAAUCUACUGAGAAAAAUAGCUGCAUUAAUUUUGCUCAAACUUUUGAAUAGCUGUCCAUGAUUUAUGAUAUCUCUUAACAGACAUAUAUAGCCAGGAUGCCGUCACAAGUACCCUCAUAACCAUCAAAUAUGCAGAUGCAGCCCAGGCAGUUUCUAACUCUGGCCAAGAACAUCUCCUUCGCUGUUCAGUAGGAUGAGCUGGAAUUGACCUGCAUAUUUCCUCCAGUGGAACAGAUUUCCUAAACAACCAAUUCAGAUAAUGAACUUUUCUUAAGAAAUUUGAUACCUAACUCUCACUUCUACCUUUUGGCAAUAUGAACAUAUGUCUUCUUAUGUUGAUCUCUAUGGUAGCUGAAAAUAAAUUACUGAAAGGCUGUUUAAACUCCCAAUAUACCCAGUUAUUUCAAAUUCUUCCUUUUAAAAAAAAUACUCAAAACAUAUUUUCCACAGAUGAUUUUAGAGUACAAUAUUUUUUUGCAAAACUCUAAUAUGAAUAAUAGGCAACAAUGAAACCUUGCCAAAUGCUUUUUUAAAAACAACAACAACAUUUUUCUUGAGUGCUUCAAAGAAUUUUCCAUCACAUUACAAUGCAACUGUAACAUAUAAAAAAGAGAGAAUACAGAACAGUGGCCAAUGAAUACCACAGCUGGUUUCUCUUAUAACUACAGAAGGAAACGGUGGCAAGUGGAACAAUGCUGACUUUCCACUUUCAAGUAGUGUAGUGUAAGCUGAAGCCAAACCGUAAAGAGUAUAUAUUUUUUCACUCUGUUUAUCCGAAGUCUGGUCCAGGAAAACAUUAAUUUUACAACUUUAAAAAUAAAGUUCUGCAGUUUCAUGCCAGUUUCAAGAACUAACCUUUCAUGUUGCAAAACUAAGGGAAGUAUUCUUUGCUGUUGUGAGCUUUUGUCAUUAUCUCCUCAUGUUAGUUCUUCAUGGUUUGUGAACUGUAAGCACCACCCGAAAAGACCAAUAAAGUUUGUGAUUGUCUCAUAGUAAGCUUGCAAGAAGAUCAAACCUAUCCAUUCUUAAGGAAAUCAGCCCUGAGUGCUCGCUGGAAGGACAGAUCCUGAAGCUGAGACUCCAAUACUUUGGCCACCUCAUGAGAAGAGAAGACUCCCUGGAAAAGACCCUGAUGUUGGGAAAGAUGGAGGGCACAAGGAGAAGGGGACGACAGAGGACGAGAUGGUUGGAUAGUGUUCUCGAAGCUACCAGCAUGAGUUUGACCAAACUGCGGGAGGCAGUGGAAGACAGGAGUGCCUGGCGUGCUCUGGUCCAUGGGGUCACGAAGUCAGACACGACUAAAUGACUAAACAACAACAACAAAGCUUGCAUUCCCUUUCCCCAGACUGCCUUUUAGUGCUUUGGAAGAAACUAUCAUUUGGGGGCUCAGUGGAUUAUUUGGAAGGCUGGCCUUCUCUCAUAUUUCUGAACUUAUUCGCACUGUGUACAAUUGUCAUUUUUUUUGUUAUUAAUUUCCUUAUCCUAAUUUUAAUAUCCCCCCUCAAGAUUGGGAGAAAAGUCAACUUGUGUCUACUGCAUUCAGUAUUGCAGGAACUGAAAGGAUUUAAAUUGGGAAUGGUGUGAGAUGCGUGAACCCAGUACUUCUGGUACAUUGCUGAUCUAUGUGCUCAUCUGUCACAUAGGCUGUGCUUACUUGAGCUGUAGCUAAGCUGUACGCGUCAAACAUGCAGUGUAUGACUGUUCCGCAGCACAUUGGCACAUAUCUGACCAGUCUCAAAAGGGGCUGUGCAUUUGUGCUAUUUUUCAGCAAGCACUGAAAAGAGUACAGUGAAGGCGCCUGCUUGAUCUCAACAGGCAAGGAGUUCCAAAGUGCAGAUGCUGCCACAACUAAAUGACCGAGCUCUUAUAAAUGUGGAAUGGGUAUGAUGUGGCACCUGUCGCAGUGCCAGUUGCACUGAUCAAAGUGGUCCAGUGGGCACAUGGACUCAGUAUUUACUUAAUGGCAGUGGUGGCUGGUGCAUGUUGGAAGGGUGGAAGACAAGGAGGGUGGAAGACAAGGAGACCAACAGAAGGUAGAGCCAUAACCGAUGAUACGUAGCAUCAACGGAUCUGAAUUUUUGUCCCAUCCUCCUCCCUGCUGAGUUCUACAAGGGCAGCUCUUGAGACUGAAGAGUAUGCUGGUAGCCAUUCCACCUCCUGGACUGCUUCUAAGAGAGAAGGCAGGCAAGUGGGGGCUGGCUGAUGCAGACAGGUUGGACAGGUUGGCCCCAUUUGCCCCAAUGCACCAUCCGCUACUACAUGUCACUUUUUCAUGAAUUUCAGGAUGUUCCACAUUCACUUAGAUUUGUGGGUCAUCAUCCAAAGAAGUGUUCCAAAUGUGCAGAAGAAAACAAGGCUACAGCUGGAGGUUUUGUUUCCCCCUUGACACUGGGAACAUCUGUAGCAAAAUAACAACAAAUGACCUGGCUGCAUAUCUGGGUCCUGGCCACAGGGUAUCUGCAACAGUGUUUUCUGCAGAUUGGGAGGUCCUUUAUCUCAGUUAAUAGCCAUACUAUCACCAAGGCUCAGCACAAGUGACAGAAGUUUAAGAUAGAAAGCAUAGAAACAUCUAUGUUUACAUUUCAUACGCUGAUGAAUAAAUUUAAAUUAAAAAAACCUGUGUUUCAAAAUAGGGGUCACUUGGCUGGGCUGCUGUGUGUGAGGCAAGCUAGAACCACUAUUUGGUGUGUGGAGUUAAUUACACAGUUCUCUGGAUGGUCUAAUGUGAGACUGGUGCCACACUUGCAUUAACUAUUACGGACAAUUAAAUGAAGGAUUGAUUUUUCUGCAGCUGGUCUUUAAUACAUAUUAAACUUACAUACUUCAUACUGUAGUGCUUGUGCUUUACAUUUUGGAUAGUUCAGUUAAAUAGUACAUUUUUUCAAUAAGAGUUUUGCUUGAGUCUAUGGGAGUUUUCCAAUAUAUUGAAAAAUGCAUAAAACCAAAUUUAUUUGGGGAGGUCAACCGAAGAUAUUUUGGGCUUAUUUGAGUUUUGCAGAAGGAACAAAACAGAAUGCUAAAAAGCCAGAAUAUGAAUACUUUCCAUGGUUUAUUCCAAAGCAAUAGCAGGAGCGAUUGGGUUUAAAUGAAUCUUCUUCUUCUUCUUCUUCUUCUUCUUCUUCUUCUUCUUGGAAUUGGAGAAGCAAAUUAUCCAAAAACCUCCCCCCCUUCAAAUUCUGUGAAAUUAACAUUAGAGGAUUACUUGAGACUAAUGAAUUUUGAAGUAUGCUUUGUGUGGAAACUAUGCUAUUGUCUCAAUAUAAACAGGUUUCAACAAAUUUCUGCUGAAAACAAAUGUAACCCUGUAAGAGUGAGAAGGCAGUUUGACAGUGCCAUUGAUACCUAUAAUGUAGACUUAUUUCCCACCCUGACCUGAUGUGUACGCUGUUCAGACUUGUUUUGUGUGAGAUUCAGGCUAAACUGAGAAAACACCAUUCCUCCACCCCAGAAAGGAGACGAAGGGUUGUAUCCAAUGUUAGUAGAGAGGAUCCACUGAAUUAAUGGACAGGACUAGGUCCAUUAAUUUCAGCUGGUUCUACUCUGAGUAGAAUUUAGUUGGCUACAACCCAAAGGCUGUAAUUUGCAUCACAGCUAUGGUUAUCUAUUACCCAGUUUGUAACAUCAGUUCCUUCAGUCUGUAUUUUCCAUUCUCCAGGCCCAGAUUUGUUUUGAAAUUAUGUUUAAAAGUUUUAGACUUUUUAUUGCAUUUGUGUUUAUUAUUCUUUUUAAAGUUUUUUUUUUAAAUUGUGUAAGUUUAUCUACUUGUUCUAAGGCUUUAAUCUCACAGUUUGAAAAUUAAUUUCAUAUUCCCUUUCAAACCAUAUUCCAGUGAGCAAAAAUAUGUUCUUGCUUUCUGGCACUGUACUUAACAUUUUAUGGUAUUUUUAAAAAUACGUAAUGAGGCUUUUGUCUUGCACAAAGACCAUCCUUUAAUCCCCACAGUAGGACUUCCAACUAUGUGACAUUUGCUGGCAUAGCCAGUUUUUAAGGCUGGAUUGAGGGUAGAGCCAUACCCAAACAUAUGUGGGAAAUCACUUGGAAAAUGUUAAGUUUAUAUGCAGUGUGUAGGUUGUUCCUAAGAAAAGACUAAAUGUCGCUAUAUGGUUUCCCCCCUCAGAAUUUUGGAUAAAUAAAAGCUGCACAAUCAAGCUACAAAUCCCCUCCACUUCCCAGUGGGGAGGAGUUGCGGUGGACCACAUGGCCACCCACUUCCCUCUGGGGGCGGGGGACAAAGUCCUGCUUCACCCGGAGGUUCCUGGUCACGUCAUUCGCCAACCAGCCAAUCCGCUGGCUGGGGGCAUGGCCAGGCCCCAUUUAAACUGAGGUGCGAGCCGGAGAGCUUCCUCUUUACUCGCUUCCUUGAUCUCCCACCCUCCCUCCCUCCCUAUUUUUCAGGUUUCGAAUUUGGCCUUGCUAUGGACCUCGGUUGGUCGCCCUUGAGGGGCCUGGUAGGAAUUUUUCCACUUGGCAAAUUGGCAUGGGCCAUUUCGCUUUCACCUACCUCAUAGCAGUCGUCACAACUUUGUAAGGAUUUGUGGUUAGGCAUUGGUUGAUCUUAUGAUGGGGGAGGGGAGUUGUGGCCAUCACCUGCCCCUCCAAGUUUAAGGGUAUUCCGUUAAAGGAAUCUGGGGGCAUGGAUCUUGUCCAAAGCCCAGGGUGGGGCUAGGGCCAUGCCACGACCCCGUCAGGAACCCAGGGGGAGCUCGAGUUGGUUUGCAUCAACGGGCUCCCCUUACCGGUGGUUGACCCUUACUGGACUCCCUGCAUGACAGGCAGGAGUCAGAUAUAGUUGGGUCAAUUCCAAUGCCUACGCCAAUACCGCUCACAUUCUGUAACCAAGAAAGUUGUGGCCUAAAUUUGCCCAAUAACAUUAACCUAAUAUCCGUGUCCUUGUGUCUUAUUCAUCAACAAGAAGGUGGUCUUGGGGUCUCAACACGCAAUGGCAUUAACUCCAGUACUCUUGCUUUUUUGUUUGAUUAAUAUGACUAGGCAUUGGGAAAAAUUUAAACAAAAUGAUCACAACCUUUCUCUUGUCAUUCUAUGGGUAAAAGUGGCAUUCUGGUAUGUUCAGCAUAGUCUUUCUAGAGGGUUUUGAUCUAAAAUAAUUAACCCAUCUUAAAAACAACAUCUAGUAAAAUGCUUUAGACAUGCUACUUCAUACAAAAUAUUCACAAUUGAUGGGUUUCUUUUUCUUUUACAAUUCAGAACAGAUGUAUCAUUGGGAAGUACCUCUACACGUUCCCUGAAGGACAAUGUCACGGUCACUCACUGCAAUGCUGUAAAAAACCAAAAAUACAAAUGUCAGAUAACUUCAGCAAAGUUCAAGCAUAUUUACAUUAUGUGGCUCAAGAUCACAGAUGGAAUAACAUUGCUUCAGUCACCACUAAUGUUAGUCAAGCCUACAGAUAUUGGUAAGUUUCAGUUUAUUGGCCAAAGUGUUUAAAUCAGAUAACAAUAAGAGUCUGAGAAAGCUUCCAAAAUGAUGAUUACAGAAUAUACACUGAGUAUACACUAUGGCAGAACUUAAUUCUAUGGAAAACACCCUCCCUCAAAGCAACACACAAAUACAUAAGCUAGCGUAGAAUAAAAUGUUGGUAUUGCAAGCCAUUUUUUGCUUUCCCCAACAUACUUUAGUUAUAUAGCAAAAUAUAAUAAGUAAAAUCAGUGAUGUAAGUCCUGAAUGAAUUCCCUAAGAUACGUGAAAUCUCAUCCUAUUGUAAUUCCAGCAAUGUUAAGCUUGUUCUUGAAGCUAUCAUAAGUCAUAACAAUAAUGACACAAUCCUUUCCCCACAUGAAAUUGAUGGUGGAAGCGGUUCAGGAUCUCAGGGCUCGUCCAGACUUCCAUUUGUACCACCGCUUUCGCUUGGGAAAACUCGAUUUUUAUCGCUGAAUCAGAGCAGACGUCAGUCAGGAUUUUCAUGGAUUUAUGUUUGCUACAACUCAGUGCUGAAGAGCAGGUUUUCCAGGGGAAUGUAGCGGAGCAUACAGAAAACCACUUGGACCUUCUGGCUAGAAAGCAUGGGACAAGUGGGAAACCUGCUUUUUCUAGGCACGGGAUAAAUGUAAGCCUGGACACGCCCUUGGUAUUUUCAGUUUUAUGCAGCAUAUACUUUUUCUACAAGGUAAAUUUUGAGCAAUGUUCAUUAGAUCAUGGUGUCCUUAAGAUUUAAUCAUACUGUCAUUUCUGAAGUAAGAAAAUUCUUGGCACAGUAACUUUGAUCCCUUCGGUAGGCCGGUUCUGUUCAUUGCAUGGCUGGCAUUGGAAGCCUGAAUGACAUGAGUUUCUAAUGAACUGAAAUGAAUUAUCCUGCACAGUUCUUAACCAUGCCAACAAAAUCCUUUUCAUUUUAUUUUUUAAAAUGUGGUUGUUGUGGCACAGGGCCAUACUACGCAAGAUGGUGGCAAGUUCUGUGUGUAUGAAUAUUGAACUGCCUCAGUCACACAGAAAAAGAGGGAAGUAAGGGUCCAAAAGCAAAAGUGUCAUCUGGAUAAAUAGUGCAGAACUCUCCCUACACUUCUCCCCCUGCAGCUCCUCUUAUGCUGCUUCUGGUACUGGAGCUCAUCUGAGGAGAAGAGUGCAUGGGGGAAAGAAUUCCCUGAGAGACAUGUAGGGAAUCUGCAGGCAGGAGGAGUGUCCUGCUUGCAUUCUUCCCAGGUGAGUCUUUUCCCAUUCUUAUAAUUGGAUGGAUGCUCUCCCUUUUUCUGCAUGGCUGGGGCAGUGUAAACAUAGAACAGCCACUGUCAAAUCUAAUGUGGCAAUUGUUAAGAUCCUAGAACCUGCUUCACAGAAACAAAAACCAGCUUUCCCCCGUAAUGGUUGAAGGUGUACUGCCAGCACAAAGUUAAGAAUAGGCUUCAAGUUUUGCAUGGAGGAAAUGUUCAUCUGAAAGCAGGUAAAAUUGCCAAAAUUACUAUCUUGAAGAAUACAGCCAUUUGACAUGUUUUCCAUAAAUAAUCAUUUUUGUACCCAGGACUCCUUCCUGAAAUCCAUGGAAUUUUUAAAUGCCUAACUCUGGCUGGAUCGUGCAUACUAUGUGCAAAGAAAUAUUCAUUGAUUGGAAUUGUUAAACUGUUGCAUCUUCACAGCACAAUGUGGAUUUGAAAAAAUAAAUAUAUAUACAUUAACUCAAAUGAACUGCCUGGAUUCUUGAGGGUGACAUCGCUAUCAAAAAUUGUUGGAAAAUCUCAUUCCAACCCCUAGAACCUGCUUCAUUCCAGCUCAAUGAAAAAAGACAAUUAAGAGAAAAAAAGUUUUCUGGUACAUUCAGAAGACGCUGAGACUCAAUAAAGUUCUAAAGGGUUACUUAUUAAUGGGUGUUUUAAAAUCAAGGUACAGAUUCUUUUAAAAUUAGAAUUUUAGCAUUUAAAAAGGUGAAAGCUUUGCUUCUGCUUUUUAAUCAAGUCAUGGGAAAUGGUACAAUCAGAUGGCGGAUGCUUUUAAUGUUUUGUUGCUUUCUGGCUGAAGAAGCAACUCCUUAUGAACAUUUGACCAUUUAUGAACUGUUUAGUGUUUUAACAUUCUCACCAUAAUGAAAAGAACAUUUCAGUAGCCUAUUUUUCUUAGUAUCUUUUUUGUAAUUAAUUGAAACCUUUUAGAAUGACCAUUUCAUGUUGCUUACAAAUUAGGUUAAUGCUUUUGAAAGAUGAUGGGAUUAUAGGAAUAAUGCCACAGUGAUUCUUUCAAAUCAUGUCACUGAGUGGCCUGCUACUUUAAAACUGUACUAUCUAGCUUAAUUAUAUCUAGAAUUAAAAAUGGCACUAGGUGGAGUUCAUUUCACAUCAAAUCCUCUGUAAGGCCUUGAAGGAAUAUACUCUUGUGUGUACAAUCAGUCCUCUGGACCACAGCCAUUGACUAUAUCCAGUUAAGGUUGCAACCCUGCAUCCAUAUAUAGUACCUAGGAGUAACUCCCAUUGAACUGAGGGGGACAUGGUUUUAAAUAAACAUGUAUAGGACUGUGCUUUCAGUAAAUGCUUGAAUUGUACUUUAAGUCCCAAUAGCAACUUUUAAUUGUUUUCUUAGAUGUAUUUAUUCACUGUUUAUCAUUUCGUAAUACCCAACCAAUAUACAAGGCUAGAACCAUAAAAAGAUAAAAAUCACUAAACAGAAAAUACCAGCAUGUAUGGCUGGAAUCACUCAUCUGAAAGGGACUGCCUGAACAAAACAUCUUGAAGUUUCAGAAGCCUAGCAAUGCCAGCAUUCCUCUAACAUCAAAAUGGAAAUCCAGAGGGUUGGUGCUAGAACACUAAAGGUGACCAUGGAAACAGAUACAGGAGCAUAUGGUACCUCUACGAAUGGCCCUCCUGAGGAUUGUAGAGACUGCAUUGGUCCAUGGAGGAAGUUAGACAGUCUCUCAGAAAGCCAGGGCCCAUGUUUACGGAUUAGCCUGGCAGCACAUUGGCAGUCAGUGCAGUGCAACAUGCUGUUGGUAGGUCUCUUAGGUCAGCUCUUAGUAGCUGCAUCCUGCACCACCUGCAUCUUCAAGACCAACCUUAAGGAGAUAGCCCCACAGAGUGCAUUGCAGCAAACCAAUCUUGACAUCCACCAGUGCAUAGACCACUGUCUCCAAGCUAUCCCUAACCAGUAUGGCCAUAGCUGCUGUACCAGCCAAAGUUGAUAAAAGGCAUUCCUAGCCACUGAGGCCACCUAUACUCGAGUAACAAAGAUGGAGCUAGGAGGAUGCCCAGACUAUGCACAGGUUUCCUUCAAAGGGAGUGCAAGUCCAUCCAACAGAGGCUACUGACCUUUCCAGGACAUGGUAAACACUUGGCCACAGCACCCACCCUAAGGGCCUCUGCUUAUGGAAUUUUGCAUUCAAGAUAGGAUUGACUAAGGACCAAAUGCAUGUUUGCAUUUAACAUACGUGGCUUGCGUGUUUUUGUUUUUUUAAAAUUAACAACUGUUUGUGGAUUGACAAUUAAGUCCCCUACAACAUCCCCUCUGGCUUUUGUACAAUUAAGGGAAUGCUGUUAGUCACCCUGAGAAUUAGAAAACAUUACGUCAUCCUUUUGCACUGUCUUCUUCAUCACUGAAAGAAGCGCUUCACUUUUAUUGCUUCACCACUACAACUGUAGGCUGAGGUUCCUUUUCAUCGUUACAUCCCAGCUAUGAAGCCUCUCUUCCAAGCCUUCAAAUGCUGAAUGAUAGAGGGAUUUUGAAUUAAUUGUUUUUUCUUCUUUUGGAAACUGAACAAGCUGCCACCACAGCUCUUCCAGACCACAAUCGCAACUCAGGAAAGCAUUUAUGAAUAUGUUGAAAUACUUUCAGUGAACUGGGGCAUGAGGCAGUAGGUUAUCCUUCAUAGCUUAAAGCCACGUAAGGUUAAAAAGCAUGCUCCAGUUACUGUGUCCCUUUGAAAGACGUUUUGCAUCAUUGUGUGUAUGCAUGUUAAUGUAUAAUAUGCAUAUAUUAUGAAAAAUGAAUAUAAAAUAAAAAUGGGAAUAUAAGUGGCUAUUCAGAGUAACCAGCAUGCUUAAACUACCUUGUUGAUUAUAAUGUUUUACAGUAAAGCCUGAACCUCCAUCACAUCUGCAUAUGGAUAUGACAGACGAAGGACAGUUAAAGAUAUCUUGGUCUCACCCAGCAUCAAUAUCAUAUCCACUUCAGUAUGAAAUAAAAUGCUUUGCAAAUUCAACUGAAAAUGUUUGGCAGGUGACGCUUUUCUUGUUCCUAAAUUCACUCUAUGAAAUAAGCAAGCCAAAGACGAAAGUUAAGUUCUGAUCUAGGAAAUCCUUGUCUUAAUAUUAACAGCCCUGAACAUUUCAUUUGUGAGAAUUUUAUAAAAAUAAUAUCAAUAAUGCACUACAAAAUUUCUGAACAUGAAUAGAACUAUAGACUUUUUCAUGUAACUAAUACGAACAAUGAUAGUUUCAUAUCAUGGCAUGGUCCAGUAAACAUUGCUGCCAACGUACUAUUGAAAUCAAUUGAAUUAAAGUGAUCAAAGGGAUUAAAACUCAUGACUUGAGUUUUUCUGGGUUGCACUAACAUGGUUUGUGCUGUAGGGGCACUGAUGCAUGAAAUUAUUACUGGGGUUUGUUUUUGGUUUUUUUUAAGUGAGAUUAAUGCAAAAUUCACCUUUAAUGGAACCACAUAACAUUGGCCUAGCUCAAGCUACUUGUAAAAACUCACUCUCUGAAUACAUUUUGAACUCUCAUGCUAAGCAAGCACAGUUUGGGCCAGAAACCAAACAGAUGUGUGAGCAAAUAGAAACCACUUCUGUGUGAACACAUUAGGAUUGGCAAUUCCACCUAAUGAUGUUCCCCAUGUACAUCAAUCCAAAAACUACUUGGGGGGUGACUUGAAAAGGAGAUCUGCAAGAACCUCUAGGUGUACAUGAAACUCCUACAUGCAGUUCUUUGCAUUGUAGCCAUAAUAAGACCACAUCAUAUCUGGAUGUAAACCGCCCCGCCCCCCCGGUGGGGGGAGUUUUCCUCUAAUUAAUGUAUGUCUUGGCUUCAAGUUAAAGUGUUGCAAGAGUGGCAUUAAAUAGUGUUGUUCUGUUUGUUUUUGACGUAAUUUAAUAGGUGGUUGAGAAGACCAUGGAAACGUCAUUGAUCAUAAGCAAUACACUAUUUGAUUCUUCAUAUGUAGUUCAAGUCCGAUGCAAAAGCCUUUAUGGACCAGGCCUUUGGAGUGAUUGGAGCACACCUUAUAACUUGAAUCUACAAGGUUUGUCCCCGGUGGAAAUCUGAUUUGCUAGUACUGUGGAAUGCAAAGAAUGGACUAGGUGACCCUUGGGGUCCUGUCCAAGCCUACAAUCCUAUGAAUCUCAACAUAUGAUCAUUAUCUGUUUUGAAAAACAUAUCCCUAUUUAUAAGGCAUGAUGUAUGAAUACAUGUUAUAGGAAUAAUAUAUGUGUGUGGACUUUCUUCACCAGGCCAGGCUGGGUGGCACGGUUCUGCAUCUGGAAACCACAGAACAAAUCAUACUUUCAAAGAGCAAAAUGGCCAAAGAGUUCCUGGACAUUUCUUACUUAUCCAGUCACUAUGCAAAACUGCUUUAUGCACAUAGAUUCCCCCCACCUCCAAGCUCAGAUUCUAGUUCUCUGAGGGCAGAGCCCAGUUAGAGGCACUGUGACCACUGAGUGGGAGAAUGAUACAAGGGAUCCUUUUUUUAAUGGGAUAUUCCCCCAUGAGUUCCUUAUCCCACUGAGAAGAUGGGAAACUCUCCCACAAGUCUGGAUGCUUCCAGGGGAUCUACAGUAUUAUUAUUAUUAUUAUUAUUAUUAUUAUUUAAUUAAUAUCUUUUAUUGCAUUAGCCGAGUGGCCAUAGCAUGAUAUACAUUGAAAUAACAACAUAAAAUGGGGGUGGGGAGGUAGAGGUAGACAUCGUCCUGGGCGAAUACUUAAAGAAAGUGAAAAAAAAAAAAAAAAAAAAAAAGCUGCUGACGCUGGAGGAGGACCGAUAAAGGUCCUUCGCUCUCAUUAGCCUCAUUCCUACAAGACUAACUUCGUCGGUUGUGCACGCAUCUGUGGGUAAGGAGUAGGCUUCUCUUCAUCACACUAAGCAGAAGUGAGUAUCCAACAACAGAAUUGCAAAGGGACACUAUCAAGGCUGAUGGAGAUGGAACUAUUCACGGGUAACCGGAUAUCUGUCAGUUGGGACGAGGCACAUUUCCAGUCUCCAGGCUUACAGCAUGUCUGUUUGCGGGGAACUUGGAAUAACACCCGACAGAUGCUGAACAGGAGACGGCGUAAAAGCCCCGCUUUCCAGAAUUGUGAAGCAGAUGGAUCCUCAGGGAAUGCUAGCUCCUAACACGUCCUCUUGCCAGGAAAGGAGCGAUGAGGUUAAUGCAAGAGAUACCUUAGAUCAGUGAAGCCACUAAUCGCAUCCAUGCUAUGAGGAAGCUGCCAUGUCAGGUGGAACUCGAGUCAUAUACUGCCCUAUUAUUAUUAUUAUUUAUUGAAUUUAUAUACUCCCCUAUAUCCACUGGUCUCAGAGCAGUCUACAGAAUAAAAUAAAAAUACAAAACCACAAAAUCCAUAAUUAAAAUAAAAACAAUAACAACCCAAUAACCCCCCAAAAGACCCCCCCAUUUUAAAAGGGCAUAGGAAAGAAGGAGGCCAAUUUUACUUUUCCCUCUAUGAGCAAAUAGCCAUCCAUUAUUAUGGUGGGGGGAAAGCACUUGGAGAACACCUUUUUUAUGGAAACAGAAAGUGCUUAACUUCUCCACCGGUGAGUGGGCCAACCCCACUGACAGGCAUCAGUGUGCAUGGUGUGUCUGAAAGACGUGUCUCCUUCCCAUUUUCUAAGGAAAGAAAAACUUUUAGGGUGAUGGAAGGAUGGGCUGUAAUUUUUUCAUGCUUUAGUUCUGGCAUCAGGUUCAGGUGUGAGGAAGGAGAAAACACAAUUCCUGUGCUUGUGUAUAGGAAAGCAUUUUUCAGUUUCUUUACAAGGUCUCAAGGGUAUGUUCAGUUUGGAUGUGCAGUCAAGGAAAAAUAGUCCUGGACCCACUCCUUUGUCUGCCUCUCGCAAUUGGCUUUCCGGACUCCAUCCCAUUUGCCAGUAUAUUGUAAGACUCAGUUUCUGGCAAUGCACACAGAAUGCAUGGGAAACAAUGUAGUAAAGGAUUAUAAGUCUCUAAUGCAUAAGAUGAAAUAUUAAUAUUCAGCAAACAUGUGCUUUACUGGUCACAUACCAUGUUGUGAUGAGCAUGACGAGAACCUUAGGAAGGGUAAUAUCUUCCCUGCAGGGAACUCAGAUAGGGCUAUUCUCUCAAUGGCUAAUUCUAGUGUUAAACCAAUAGAAAAAGAAUUAACCCAUUAAUGAAGUUGUGGCAACAAAGAAGCUGUUUUGUAUUCACCUCAGUGCAUUAACACCAGAAGUACAAAAUGCUGGAACUAAACAAUUAUAUAUUUAUGUAUUUAAUUAGAAUUAUGUUCAGACUUAUAUUUAACACUGAAGGCUGUACUUAGUGUAAAUUGGUAAUGCUGUAUAUUGCAGUGCCUGGUUUGUGGGAACUCCCUCUGAACUGAACUGCACUGGAAAUUUAUUCUUUCAUUAAAGAGUUACUAUGCAGGAGUCAGCAAGCCAACCCUUUAUAGUGAAACACUUCAUUGUAGUAUUUUGCCAAUUAGUGAUCAAAUUGGGUUACUCUGGCUGUGUUUUGUCACCCACCAAAGGAUUAAGACCAGUGCUAUUUUUCCACAAGAAGAGGUGCCAGAACUCACCAUGAAACCUCCAUCAUUCGCUUAGAAUGGCAAUGGCACCCACCUGGGAAGUGCCAGGACUAAGUUCCAAAAAAUAAACCCUGAUUAGGACACUAGGGACAACUGUGCCUCAAUACAAUUAUUUAACUGUUUUUUGGUGUGACAUGCACCCUAACCUGGGAGUACUAGAAUCUGAGCUUGGAGCAUAUGGACAUUUGACAUAAAUGUUUCCAUACUAUGAUCACUUAUAGUGAUCGCUUGUAUUAUGAUGUUCUGUAUCUGCACUGUGUUUGUGUGUUUGUUUUGGAGUCCUCUUGAAGAAUAGUAUGUGCAUAGCUGUGGGCACCAAAGCGGCACUGAGUUGCUAAAACCUUAUCUAUCUAUCUAUCUAUCUAUCUAUCUAUCUAUCUAUCUAUCUAUCAUCUAUCUAUCAUCUAUCUAUCUAUCUAUCUAUCUAUCUAUCUAUCUAUUUAUCUAUUUCAUGUACACCCCAACUUUCCCCCAAGGAUCUCAAAGUGGUGUACAUAGUUCCCUGCCUUCCCAUUUUAUAACAACCCUGUGAGGUACAUUAGGUUGAGAGUGAGUGAAUAGCCUAUGGUCACCGAGUGAGCUUCAUGGCAGAGUGGGAAUUUAAACCCAGGUUUCCUAGGUCCUAGUCUGACACCCUCGCCGCUACACCACACCGGUCCUCUUAAACUGACAAAAUGGUUUCUCCUUCAUAGAGUGGUAUACAAUACAGAAAAACUCUGAGCCCUUUUUUCAAUGUAUGACUCCUUUUCCAGUACAUGUGCAUGCCAUUUCUUGUUUGCUGUUCUCUGUAUCUUAUGUAUGCUUUCACUGAAUACUUAAAUUGACUGAACCUUCCACCUGUAGCUAAAAAUUUUACACACACAUACAGUGUUCUUUUCUAUAAAAAAUGUUGAGGAAGUACUCUCAUUUUGACUCAAGAAAAUCACUAUUUUAUAGUUCAAAUCGGGAAAAGUAAAUACAGUAAAUGGACAAAAGUACAAAGAGUCACAAAAUGUUUAGGGUAUGCAUCCCCCUGCAUCCUCCCAGAAAAAAAUCACUAUAUAUAUAUAUAUAUUCAUUUCUUUAACAAAAUUUAUAUACAACUUGAUUGUAAUAAAACCUUGAAGUGGUCUACAAAAUAAAACACUGAAAUUAUCAAUAAAAGACAGUUAAAGAAAGAUGAUUUGACAACAACAAAUUUCAUUUCAAAAACAAAUGAAAAUCAACAAUAAGCUAAAAACAGACUAAAACACAUGUGUCAGGUUGGGUAAGUAAUCUUAAACACUACAAUUAAGAAGAAAAGGGAUAUUCAUUGUUUUCUAUUGUAAAUUAUCAUUAGCACUCAUUAUAUAUAUUUUGAAAGUUUACUGCACUGCAUACAUUUUGGUAUGUGAUUGUUUUCUUCCAAUUUAUAAUGUUUGUCUCUAUUGUCUUUUUUCCACUUUGUUUCUUGUAACAGAAGUCAUGUAUUUCCCUUCAAAAAUGCUGGCAAGUGUUGGAACAAAUGUUUCCUUUUAUUGUAUUUACAAAACCAAAGAUAAAGUAAUCUCAUCGGAGAAGAUAGCCUGGUGGUUAAAUUUAGCAAAAGAAAUCCCUAGGCAUCAGUACACACUUGUGAAUGACUACAUUGGCAAAGUAACGCUUGUCAACUUAAAUGCUAUGAAGCCUGGAGGGAAUUUCCUCUUUAAUGCCUUAUACUGUUGUAAUGAAAACAAGGAAUGUAAUCACCGUUAUGCUGAAUUAUAUAUAAUAGGUAAGAUUCCUGCUUAUUUUUAAAUUAAUGUUGGUAAAUCCAUUUUUUCUUAGAUUUUCUGUUGAUUAAGUCUGUCUUUCAAAUAGAUGUUAAUAUCAGCAUCACAUGUGAAACAUAUGGCAACUUGCAAAAAAUGACUUGCAGAUGGUCCACCAACGCAUACCCACUGCUUUUGGAGAGCACUUUGCUGUUGAGAUACUACAGGUACAUGUUCAUUUUAAUCUGAUGUUUUGUGAAAAGGUGCCACAUUGGAAAUGGUGGUGGAUCAAAGCAUGAAGCAAAUAAAUGCAGUUGAGCCUAGGACUUUUGCUAGACCAAAGAGGAAAGCCCGAGGUGGAAAGUCUUAUAAUCAGGAAGCUUAGUUUGGGAAUUAUUUUUUUAUAAGUCUUUCCCCUGUUUCCAGUCUGGUGUGAUCUUAAUGGCAAUGUUUAGGCUAAAUGUUUAUCUCAUAUACUGAGGUCCCAGGUUUGAGAUUCACUAGUAGGGUUGCCAUAUUUCAAAAAGUAAAAACCAGGACACCCCAAAAGUUGUUGAGCUUUUUUAAGGAAUUGACCGCUAAUAUCAUAGAAAAUCUGGACGUAUGGCAGCCCUGUUCACUAGAGACUUCAUUCCUGAUACUGCUGAGCACGCUUACUCAUUGUGAAGAUAUUAUUGGCUCUUUGGCUCUAUCACAUCAGACUUUGCUUGGAGGAGGGGACUAAAUCCAGGCAUUCCCAUGCUCCAUUAUCACUUGCAUCAAGUGAUCAGCUCCCUGAUAGGACAUUACUGACUCUGUGUUCAGGGGUCAGUAAAAGGAUUUAAUCCAGCUAAAAUUAUUGCUAAGUCCUAUUAAAAUGAGACAUAAAUUACCGGUAGUUGCUACUCACUCCUUCCAUUGCUUAUAGUAGGACUUAAGCCAUUGUUUUCUGAAGAGUGAGUAACUGACAAUUUUCAUUGUCAAGAUUGCAUCAGCUAGACUCCUGAAAAUGUCUGACAGAAGGUCUUGAAUAACAUCUAUUCUUUAGAAGCUAAAGUGGUUACUGAUAUUGUUUUGGGGAUCAGUUCAAAACAGAUGGUGUCCAGUUUAAAAAUCCAAAAUGACCAGUGUUGAAGGAACACUUCCACACAUAUACUCCCUAUUGUGCCUUGAGGGGGCCUGGUUUAUUAUCUCCUUUUUUCAGGAAGCACAGUUAUAAGUAACAAGUUGUUGGGCCUUCUCUAAGUAGCAUGUCACCUCUGGAAUUCUCUACAGGAGAUGUGUAAGUAGUUGUCUCUAAGUCAUAGUUCUAGUGUUCUGUCAAAUCUGGGCCACUGUUUUUAUCUCAUGCAUCAAUUUCACCAAUGAGAACAACUUUAAACGAUGCUUAGUUCAAACAAGCUAGAAUCAAGCCAUGGUGUAUCAUUCUGGCUUCUUCACUAACCAUUGUAUCAACUAACAACAGUCAUCCAAGUCCAGACAUAACAUGGAGCUGUGGUUAGUUUAAGACUGAUCUCACAGCCAUGGCAGGAUAGAAGGGGAGUAGAGCAUAUCUCUCUGGUAGCACUUAGGCUGGUGUAGACAAUACUGAACUAGUUGCACCAAUGGUACAAUUUAGUAUAAAGCAGCUUCAUAUGUUCCUAUGUGCCUAAGAUUAAUCCAUGCAUGCUUAGGUAAUGUGAAGCCAUGCCAGAAUUAUGUCUGAACUGGCCCAUAGUUUCUAAAUCACCAUAAUCUUGUAUCACUGCAACACUGCACAUAGUUCAGAUAGAGACAAUGUGUAGCAAACAAAGCAAAUCCCUUGAUCUUUACACUGAUUGAAAUUUUGCAGGUGAAAUUCUGCAAUGCUUUUCCAACCGGAGGUCAGUCAUGAGUUGAUGUUUAUUCUUCCCUUGAUGCUGGUAGUUGAAAUAUACUUUUCAUAAAAAAAAUAAAAAAAAUCCUGUGCUAAAUCUUCAGAGAGAAUUGUACUGAUUUAAUCUGCAUUUGUUUGUCUGACAUUAAGAGGGAAAAUACAGCUAAAUAUGCCACUGAGGGGCCAAUUAAAUAAGCAAUUUCCUUUCUGGCUGCCUGCUUGAAAGGUUUAUGUGCCACAGGUAUGUCUGGUCAUUCUAAUAAUAUAGAAUAUACUUUCAGUACUUUAAAAAAACAACAACCAAUCAGCCAAUUUAAGACUCACCCAUAGUGCUUCUGUCAAAGCAACUCCCUAGUUCCAUUCCUCCGGGUUGAAUACAAUAACCACCAUGCAUAUUUCUCCUUUUACUAACCACAGUGCUACUUAUGCCUGUGCAUACUUGGUUGGUAGUGGGUUAAAGGUUAAGAACCGGUGGCCCAGCUCACCCAUCACAUUAAACCAUAGUUUGUUUUUAACUAUGGUUUAAUGUGAAUGAGCACCAGGAUAGUACACUUGGUCAGACGGUCUCACUGCACUCCUCCCUCCUGCUGCUCCAGGAAACAAGCCAGAGUGUAGCUUAUAAUGAGAACUGAACCUGGGCUCAUGGUUUGUUUCACCCAAGAACAAAUUUUGUUUAUGUAGUUGUUGACGUUCAUCUGUCUUGGAAGAUAAUGGAAAAGUACACCUUCAGGGGUAAAGUAGAAUUGUUGGAGAGUUUCAGCGUUUGUGGCUGUGAAGAUCAAUACAGAAGAGACAUGUUGUAUUGUAGGUGUGUAGAUGAAGAUAUCUAGUUUUGCUGCUACAGGUUCAACAUGGCAUUUCUUCUCUCUGUGUUUCUUCCAAAAGUCAUUCCUCCUCUGGUCACUGUUGUGAAUAUACAACCUGUCUGUCUCCAGACUGCAAUAGUCUGCAAGGGAUUCCCGUAUGGCGAGGUUAAUGUUGCCAGCCUUCAUGUCAUGUUUGCAGGCAUCUUUGUAAUGCAGAGUUGGUCUGCUAACAGCCCUAAUGUGGAAGUUAGCUGCUCUCCCUUGGGGAUCCUGCCAUCUUCCAUUCUGUGGACAUGACCAAGCCACAGUAGAUGUCACUUAGAACAUGCUGGAAAGGAGGUCUUAGGAGAGCACACAUUUGUUUAAGACUCUAUUCUGCCAUGUGAUGCCCAAAAUCUUCCUGACACAAAGAUAUGGAAGGCAUUGUGGCAUUGCUCCUGGUGGGUGUAAGUUGCCCACGACCCAUUUCCAUAAAGCAGUACGCUCAAAACGCAAGCCUGGUAGACCUUCACCUUGCUAUGUUAUGACAAACCAACCAACCACAAGUUCAGGUUCAAAUGUCCCAGCAAGCCAAAGCUUGCAUUGUUUCAUGUCAGCAACAGGGCCAGAUAACUUUUCAGUAAUAUGCACAUUAAACCAUAGUUUCUUUUUAUCUAUUUUUUAAAUGUAACAUUCAAAGCAGAUGUUUGCAGAAGGAUUCCAGAGACCCAUAUGAACUUACCUAUUAUGUUCCCAGUUGGACAUUUUAUAUCACUGAGUGCCAACUCCCCUUUUACACUAGCUCAGUACUUGGUUAUGUCUGCUGUGUGCCACUGAACAUAGGUUUGCUAUGAAGUCUUAGUUGGAAUUGUGGCCACAGUCAUUUGGAUUGCUAAUUCAUAUUUGAUCAGAAGUGGGUGAACCUGCUAGGUGGGUUGAAAACACUUGCAGGGCACAAUGGACAUAUUUCUAACCAGAGGCAAGCAGUAUGAAAUAGACUAAUGUUUAUCAAAGCAUGAGCUGGGUCAUUCUAAGGGAGCACAUAUACUUGCUGCCAAAGUGGAGUGAGUAAACAGGAGCUCACAAGUGUUUUGUUUUGUUUUUGAAUAAGCUAUGACUAUACUGAGAGGCAAAACAGAGCCAUGUGAGUGUAAGACGAAGUGCAAGGUCUAGACAGCUACUCAGCUUCACUGGGUGUAUGCUAAGGAACUGUGCUUUUAUAAUAUCAAAGACCAAUAUGGAGCUUGUUGGGGGACAAUCAUAUCCAGAGAUGUCUAUGUGCAUGUGCAAAGCACUUCACCUUGCACUGGGGGUGGUGGGGAAGAUUCCUCACCCCACCCCACAACUCCAUUCUCUCAUGUCUCUUGGUGUGCUGCUCUGGAAUAGCCUCUGACCUUUUGAAAACAGCAAAGUAAUGCCACUAGAAGACGCAGAAAACCAUUUGCAGUGCUUUGGAUGCCUGCUUAUGAGUCAAUAUGUUUUUAACGGUGGUACAUUUGGAGACAAAGCAUGGCGUUUAGCAGUGACAAUCUAUGGCAUAGUGAGCUGGGAAGCUGCCAGGUAAACUUGCCUAUCAAAAUACAAACAUGGCAGUGCUUACAUUCCUACUUCUAAGUGUACUGUCAAAAUGCAGGCCAAAUGUGUCUUUAUAGUAGAACCUCUACUUAUGACCGCCUCUACUUGGGCCUGAUCCAAGUUGCGACUGUGGCAAACUCGGAAAUACUUGGUUUGCCGCAAUUUGCCCAUGCGCAGAAGUGUGCUGCCGCCAAAUGCGCCUGUGCACAAUGGUACUUCUACCACCAACCGGAUUGACUUACGGAUGGACUUCUGGAACUGAUUACGUCCAUAAGUAGAGGUUCCACUGUAUAUCCUAGUCAUUCAUUCACCGGGCAUUUCUCAAAUUACAGUGGUGUUCCACCCCAAAAACACAUACUGUGCUUGGGAAGCAUGUGAGAGGCAACACUGUUGGACUUGAUUUAAUGAAGCUAUAACACCAGGUUGCUAACAUUUCACAAAGAUCCACUGCAAUUAGCAUACUGUUACCAUUUGUUAUGAGCUGAGAAUUUGUCAAAUGAACCAGUGUGGUGCAGUACUUAGAGUAUUGGGCUCAUAUGUGAGAAAACCCGUUCAAAUCCCUUCUUAUGGGAAAUCUGGUAAAGCCUCUCAGCCUAACUCACUCUCAAGUUUAUUCUGCAGUUGCAGACCCAGAUCUGAGCAUUUCCUAGAAUUGAAGGGAUACAUAUGUCAUUCAGCCCAGACACAGAUAUCUGGCACUGACAGCCUUCUGGCGGUUCCCACACUGCAAGAAGUGAAGCUACAGGGAGCCAGGCAGGGGGCCUUCUCGGUGGUGGCACCCACCUCGUGGAAUGCCCUCAGAUGUUAAGUAAAUGAGUAAUUAUAUAACAUUUAGGAAACAUCUGAAGGCAGCCCUGUAUAGGGAAGCUUUUUAAGGUUUAAUGUUUUACUGUGUUUUAUAUAUGCUAGAAGCCAGCCAGAGUGGUUGGGGCAACCCAGCCAGAUGGGCAGAGUACAAAUUAGUAGCAGCAGCAGCAGCAGUAGUAACAUGUCAAUUCUGAGGUUUCCUGCCAGGGAAAGGAGUAUUAGAUUUGGCUCAAAGCUGCUUGGCUGUGGGAUCUCUGGGUAGGCUCUCUCAGAACCUUAGUUCCCCACCUUCAAAAUGAAAUUAUUAUUUACCUACUUCACAGUAAUUGUGAAGAAGAAUAAGACAAAGGAUUGUGAAGUAUUCUGUGUGCGAGAAAUGCUUUAUAAAAAUAAAUACAAGUUUUAUUUAAAAAUUGAGGGUAACAUAUAGCCCUGAAUAAUUUUUGUUCAUGAGUGCACACACAAAUGAAAAUAUGCUACUAAUGAGCGAGAAGGAAAUUAAGAAACUUGUCUCUUCCCCAGUUUCCACAGCCUGCAAAAAAGUGUACAAAGAGAAUAGUAUAGCUGAUUCAUGUUUUAUAAAAAUUACUCAAGAAUCUGUAUUUUGAGCUAUCCAUCUACCUUGAGAGAUUCCAGAUAGAAUUGGUAGUUUUGAUUCUUUAUAGCAGGAAUGGGGAACCUGGGAUCCCCCAAGUAUUCAUGGGUUACAGCUCCCAUCAUUUCUGACCAUUGACCAUGCUGGCUCAGCUGAUGGGAACUGAAGUCCAACAACAUCUGGAAGGCCCCAGAUUACCCACCCCUGCUUUCCAACACGCUCUUAGGCCAGUAUUAGAAUAAUUCAUUCAUAUUCCCAACAAGAUGUACAUUAGAGCCAGUUAUUAUUAUUAUUUUUUGUGUGGCAGGGUUCCCAGUGACUUAAACAAGCUGCAAGGCAUGCUCUUUUUCUAGUGAAAUUGCCAAUACAUUGCCCAUUGUUGAAUGACUAAUGUGAAACUGAAUAGGAGCUGGGCACAUCUUAAUUUCAGAAAGACGUCAAACUCUUGGCUUGGUCAAGUGGGGCAAAUCACAUCUGUGAUGUAAAACAUUAAUGUAGGGAACGUUUGUACAGGUGUCUGCUUGCGAGACGGAUAUGGAUCUGUCACAAGGUCUGUGCAUUUACAUCUAUCUUGUAAUAGGUACAUUAAGAACCUUUUUUAAUGAUUGUUUGAGUAGCCAUGACCUAAAAUGGAAAUGGAGAGCAGCCUUGCUUAGCCUAAAGUACAAUGACCAAGGUUGCAAACUGAUGUGUUCCUGCAAAAUUUGCCCUGCUCAGGUUGAAUGUUUUGUUUGUUAGUUCCUUAGACUACAGCUCAAUAGUGCUUAAUUUCUAAAAUGAGAGGUACUGAGAUCCAAAUAGACUUACCAAAGGGAUAGUCAAUGUGGUACCCACCAGAUGUUGUUGGACUACAGUUCCCAUAAUCCCUAUGAGGCAGUUCAAAGUGAAUUAAUACACAUUACCAUCGGAAGAGGGGAUCCCUGUAAGAGUAUUAAACCUGGAGAUUAAAAUUACCUAAAUGCACCACUGGCUUCAGGCAGUGUGGGACAAGGCAGUGAUGCAGAGAACAGGUAAAAGAACAUGGUGGGGAUAGCAAUGGCUUCAGUCUAGGCCCAAGCCUUGAAGCAAGUUAAUAUGAGGGUGCCAUUUCAAUGCAAAGAAUAACCCACAGCAAUGUCAGUAUAAGCUCAUUACCUUUUUGAGGUUCCAUUCACUGACCUGGAAGGCUGUAACAUCCCCCCGCCCCCCGCCAUGGAAAGUGGUUAUAGGUAGCCAGUGGGGAGAUAUAAACCUUCACUUGCUUCAUCUAUUUUGCAUUCAAAAUAUCACAAGAAUUUCCCUUGGAUAAGCCCGACUUCUGUUUUGCAAAUCUAGCACCAUGAUACCUUUCAUAAACAAAAAUAUGUUGGUGAAAAAGGUAAUAUAACAGCAAAGAAUAAUUAUAUGUAUGAGUUGUUAUUCCCUUUUCAGUGUUCACAGGGAUUGUUUUGGUUUUGGGAACCAUUUUUAAAUGACUGAUUCUGAAAGAGAUAUUUAGUCCAUUUCAGCUGAGUAGGCAGAGAGAAAUUCUGAAAAACAAUUAUUGUUAAAUUGAUGGGUAAAAAACAUGGUGUUUGAGGGCUUUCUCAUCUGUAUUAGGUUUUUUUUACAGCAUAUACGAAUGACAGUUUUGCAUUGUUAAUCCCCAGAUGCAUAUAAUCUCAUAGCUAAACUGAAAACAAUGUUUUCAUGUCUUUUUAAGGAGUGAUGUGUAUUGUACAGAGUCUCCAAGUAUGCCUUCUGAUUCGGAGGUAAAAGAAUGCUCUUCACAGAGGGAUAAUUCUUACGAGUGCAUCUUUCAGCCUUUUUAUCUUCUGUCUGGAUACACAAUGUGGAUAGAGAUUAAGCACUCACUGGGGACAGUGACAUCACCACCAGUGUGUAUCCUUCCAAAAGAAGUAGGUAAGUGAAAAAAAUUUCUGAGAAUGGAUCAUUGAUAAGUUUGGGCCUCCCAAGGUCUCCUAGCCCAGGGCCUCCAGUUGCUUAAAUCUGGGCCUGCCUAGGAUCUUCUGCAUGAGGGGUAGAUGACUCUACCUACCACUGAGCUAUGGCCAUUCCCCCUGGUGCUUUUGUACCCACAGGUUGCAGUAUAUUGCCUUUCUCAAGGGACUUGGGCAUGCUAUCCAAUUCAUUAGGGGUUUCUUUCAAACGAUGUUGUCAAGGAAAAGUAGUUUGUAAAGUAGCUUUUCACUUUUGUAGUAUACCAAUAGCUUUUAAGAGAAGGGGGGAUUUUGGGCCCUAGCCACACUUUCAAGAUGCAUAUAAUACGGAAAAUCCCAGCUACCCCACAGUAAUUCAGACUUUCAUUUGAAAACUGUAAAUUACAGAGCUAUAAUAUGCUUCCUUCUCGCAUAAGUGCCUUUGUGCCUCCCCCUCCAGUUCCUUAUCUCCCCCACCCCAUACAUACACACUAUGGUCUCUUCUCUAAGCAUUUGUUUUUCUUAUGGUAUUUAAAUUAUCAAGUCAAUGAUGGUGAGCUUGUGUGGUAGCCAGUGACAGCUGGUUUUAUUAAAACUGAAAGAAAAUUAAGUGUAUGAACUACCACGGCAUGCAAUAACAAGCUAUUUCCAACAAUGGCUUUAAUUUUCAAUAUUCCUCAUCUCCUUUUCCAUUUUCCAUCGCUUCCUUGUUACUUUUCCCCUGUUAUAACUUGUCUCCAACUGAAUAUAUACAUUCAUAGGGAGUACCAUAUAUCCCCAAACUACACCCAGUUCAUAUGUAUUCUCAGCUCCUUGGUGAUGAUAUGCUUAGUAUCAUACCCAACAUUUCAGAUGGCAUGUGGAAUAGAAUAUAAAGAAUUAUGAACAUUUUGAAAAGAAAAGCUGUUAGUAACUAUGAAGUGUUCAUGGCUUUAAACUGGGGUGGUACCACCCUAGUUAUGGAAUAUGCCCUCCACAGUGAGGCUCACUUGCUACCUAUAUUAAGAUAUUUUUGAUACCAAAUGAAGACCUUUUUAUUCUCCCUGUGUUUUUACAUUUUAGAGUUCUGCUUCAGUGGAUUGUUUUAUUGAGAUUGAGAUUGUUUUAUUGAGAUUGUUUUAUUGAGAGGAGACCCACUGAAAUUAAUGGGCCUAACUUAGUUAUGUCCAUUAGUUUCAAUGGAUCUGUUCUGUGUAAAACUUAGUUGAAUGCCACACAGUAUAUUUUAGCCCUUGAAACCAUAGUUUAGUCCCGUUGUAUUUCUCUCUCUCUCUCUCUCUCUCUCUCUCACACACACACACACACACACACACACACACCGCGGCCAUCCUUGUGCUUGCUUUUUUAAAACUGGUAUUGAAGAACAUAUCAAAAUUACUGAAGUACAUACAAAACAGUUCUUGCAUGAAGGAGUGCCUCUCCUCAUACAUCAGCCAUCGCUACAUCAGGCUCUCUUAAGAUCUUCAGAGGAGGCUCUUUUCUAUGUUCCAUUGCCGGUGCAAGUUAUUAAUGUUGUGGUGAGGAAGACAGCCUCUCUUUUGUGAUGGCACCACAGCUGCGGAAUGUUCUCCUCAUAGAAGCAUAACUGGUGCCAGUGUUGCACUAAUUCUGGCUCCUAGUUAUCUAUCUACCCAGGCAUCUUAAUGUCUUAUACUUGUGAUUGUUGAAGUACUCUGCUGAUUUGGCUGUCCCUGUUUCUUUCUAUGUUAUUUGCUUUGCUGCAUAAUUUUGGCCUGUCCCACUUUGUUCCAUGUCCCUGUAUAGCAAGCUGGCAUCAGAAUGAGCCAACAUGGUGUCCUUCAGAUGUUUAUGGACCACACUGACACCAUCCCUGAUCACAGGCCUUGCCGCCUAAGGAUGAUGAGAGCUGGAGUCCAACAACACUUGUAGGGCACCAUUUUGGGUACCCAGUGUAUAGAUGAUGGUCAAGCUAUAAAUAUUUUUAACAAAAUGUAAUAAAUGAAUUGUUAAGAAGACAGGAUACAGCUAUAAUGAAUAUUAAAAAAAAAUACAUUGCUCUAAUGCCAGUAUGGUAAGGAAGAACUGACACACAGCUUUAUAGGAUUCUAUUAGAGACCUCAUAAACCAGUCAAAUUUAUUUUGUUUAACUUUCUAGUGAAGCCGUUUUCUCCCUCCAGUGUCAAAGCAGAAAUUACAGGGGAAGCAGGACUGCUGAAUGUGAGCUGGAAAAACCCAGAACUUCCAAAGAAUGAUCUCCAAUUUCAGAUUCGGUAUGCUGUCAACGGAACAGAAAUUGACUGGGAGGUAUGGCCACACUUAAUCUUUUUAUAUAUAUAUAAUAUUUUUUAUUAAUUUUAACAUAUGAAUUAUAAUACAUACCAUAAAACUUCACCACUUGUACAGUCUUUUUAUGGACUCCCAUCAGCACCUCUGAUGAUUCCCCGUUUUGACCACUUCUUAUGCAUCUCUUAAAUUCAUUAUUGCCUUCAAUUAUCUUAACUAAUCAUCCUCCCCUUUAUCCAUUUUUGCAAUAAUUCCAAUAAUUCACCUCAAAAAACUUCUUGCAAACCUACAAACGUAGUUUGAUCAUCACUAUUACUUUUCAAAUAGUCUGUAAAUUUACACCAGUAUUCUGUGAAUUUCUGGUCCCACAGAUUUCGAAUCCUUCCUGUUAGUUUGUCUAAUUCUGCAUAGUCCAUUAAUUUCAUCCUCCAUUCUUCUUUCGUCGGUAAUUCUUCUUGCUUCCAUUUUUGUGCCAAUAAUAUUCUUGCUGCCGUCGUUGCAUAUAAAAACAGUUUACAUUCUAUUCUAUUUAUAUUACUUCCUACUGGCCAGACUUAAUCUAAAUUAGCCUGUGCAUCAUGAGAUGCAAGGGUGCAAUGGCGUUUUGCUGCUAGUUUGUAAAAAUGUGUGGAUUCCAGCAUUUGGUUUGUCUAGCAAAAUAAACAUUUGUGACAUGCCUAUCUUCAGUAGAUUAACUUUCAUCCAUUGUGUGUGAGGGAGGGGGAAAUUGGGGUGUAUUUUUCACGCCAAUGAGAUUUCCACUAUAUGAUGGGUUAUUUUCAAUUAUGAACAAUUACAAACAUAAAACUAUAUUUUAAAGUAAAAUGUAAUGAAAAUAUUGUAAUCUUUCUUUAAAAAAACCCACAACUUUAUUACAACUGAGAACCAGUGCUAAUAGUUUUGUGGGGUGUUUUUCUAACUCCUGCUAGAAAUUUGCCCUUGGUUAGACAAAUAUGGUUUGUGCCAAUCUGUUGACACCCCAUAAACUUCAUGACCUUUCUUGACCUUCUUCUGCCUAUUUGUCUAUGAAAAAAUGAUGGGAUGUUUUACUACACCAAUCUGUUAACAUUGGCUGGCUUAGUAAACACACACAAAAGACAAAAUUCAUUGCAUUUCUGGUGCAGGGUUGGUUUUAUUUUAUUUUUUGCAGAAGGAAAAUGGAAAGUGGUAACUGGCUGAAAUUUGGGCACAUUUUACAGGUGACAAUUUGUGACAGUGUCCAGGGAGAACUGUUCUUCAGGUCAGCUUAUGUGUGACUUGCACAAUGAAAAAUGCACUGGGGAGUGCUUUGGCCCCUACAAAUUGGAUGAAGAUCUCGGCCUGUCACUCAGAAAUGAUUUUGUUUGUUACUAGUUUAAGCAUCCUUUUUUGUUGCAGGUGCAUGAGGUUUCUGAUCCAUUAGUUAGCUCUGCCAGCACAAAGGUGCAGGAUCCCUGCGCAGUAUACGUUGUUCAGGUGCGCUGCAGUGUGAUUGAUGGAGUGGGCUACUGGAGUAAUUGGAGCAGACCCGCCUAUACAGUUGUUAAGGAUAUCAAAGGUCAGUCAGCGUCUUACCUGUAUGCUUUCAGUUUGUUGGGGUUGGUAUUUUUUGUUUUUUACUAGAUUUAUAACCAGAUAGGCUGUUGUUUGCUUCUUACUGUAUUUCCCCCCCCUCAGCUCCCUUGAGAGGACCUGAAUUCUGGAGAACCAUUAAUGAAGAUUCAAUAAGGAACCAGAAAAAUGUUACUCUUUUUUGGAAGGUAAAUCAAUGGAGGAGGGUAAAUGAGAUAUUUGAAAUCUAUUUCAGGUUUGUUUUUUUGUGCGAUGUUCAUGAUAUAUAUUGUGGGUGUUGGCUGGCUUUGAAAGAUACCAGACCUAAGACACUGGUAAUUUCUGUUAGCAAAACCAGUGAAACAUAGGUUUACAAUAGAGCUCUGUGACAGAUCAGAAUAUGAUGUUUGGUGUGGGGCAGGUGGUAAUGGCUUGGAGAAAAUGGCCUUGCAAGCCAAAUUAGGAUUGUUGCCUGUCUAAUUAGGCUUGUACGUCAGAGCUUACCAUGAAGAUCAUCCCAUGAUGAUGACCCGCCACUCUAGGCUGACAGAAAGUUUCCCAUUAGGCACAGGAAAAAGAUCUCUAACAAAGAAAAGAGCCUCUUGAAUCUCCAAGUGCCACCUUUUUAAUAAACAGAAACAUUUUCUCAUGAAGAAUGAGAGAAUCUGUUUUUGGACAUGGUCCAAUCCCUGUUGGCCAAAGCUAGCAGGGGCCUGGCAAGUAAGAACUAUUCAUAGAUUAUUAUUCAAAAGGGGAAAUUGAAUUAAGUUAAUAGCAUUUCAAGCACCCUUACUGCGCAGCCUGCCAGGAUGUCAGACAUUCCCUUAACAAUUCACAGGUCACUCAUAUUUGUUAACAUCACUUAUCAAAUAGGAAGAAAGGAGGAUGAUUUGGUAGGUGUCUGAUUCUGAAUGACAAGCAUUAAUUCACAAAGGAAAAGGCUGUUUAAAAUCAGGUUUCUUAUGUAAAAUUUAUUUCACCAAUUAAAAACCCAAAUAUUUCUCUUUGUGCUACACUACACUUCAUACUAUAAAACCUAAGUUUGAUUAUUUUAAACCCAACAUUGCUUGCCCGGCAAACUGUGUUAAAUAUUUUAAUUUAUAUUUAUUGGUAUAUAGAAGUAAUCGAAGGUGGACUGUUAUAGGCAGUUAUGGACAGAUGCAUGGUAAUUAUUAUAAACUGUAGCUUUUAGUCUUGCUAACAUAAAAAUGAGAUACCAACCCUCAAUUGCUCCUUAAAAAAACAUACACCUCUGCCCAAACCAGCCUCAAUCCACAAUUGAACUGCCUAAUGUAUCUGAAUUUUUCUUACAGCCACUGAUGAAGAAUCUUUCCUUAUGCAGUGUGCUAGACUAUGUGGUUGAGCAUAAUACUUCAGAAAACAUUACUUGGUCUGACUAUGUAGAAAAUGAUACUGCCUACACAUUUUCAUGGACAGAGGAUGUACAUGCCAUUAAGGUUCUAGCUGUCAACUCAAUUGGAACUUCCUCAGUCAAUUUCAUUUUAACUCUAUCACAACAAAUCAGCACAGGUAAGAAAAACAUUUUUUUGAUAGCUUCAAGUAUUGUUAACUCAGUAAUCUAGUUUAUAAUAAACCAUUCUCAUAUUGUAAUGUGUUCAUGUUUAGAUAAGUAGUUAUUUGAGUGGUAAGGCCAUGUUAUUGCUCUUCUACCUAUUUAAUCAUAUGAGUUUCUGCUGCCAGCAGAAAAUUAGGAGGCAGGGAAAGCCAGGCCACAUGGUUCCUGCCAUCUGGGCAGGAAUUUGGGUUGGGGGUGGGGAAUGCAACUUUCAUCAUGUGCCUCCACAUGCCUAAAAAAGAAGGAUCUUCAUGGUGCUCCGGUUUCUUUUCUUGUGAGCUUUUCCAAAUUUUUAACCUGCAGGCUAAAAGCAGCAGUUGCAAUAUACUUCACUCUUCUCUGAUGAGUUCUCUCCUAAUUUGUAAGGGACAAUGUACCUGAUGACCAACAUGCUGUUUUCCUGUUUUGUCAGUAAACAUUGUGAAGUCUCUCAGUGCCUACCCAGUGAACAGCAGUUGUGUCAUUGUGUCCUGGACACUCUCGCCUGUGGCUUAUAUAAUUACAUCUUUUGUAAUUGAAUGGACAAACUUAAACGAAGAAGAGCAGAUUAAAUGGAUUAUGAUUCCCUCAAAUGUUAGGAAGUACCACAUUUUGGGUGAGUUUGUACUUAAAAAUCUAUUACAGCUUCUCUUGUGUUUCAAUAUCUUCCCACCAGUACUUGAUUAUAGAUAAAGAUUUACUGCAAAACUGUAGAGGCUAGCAACUAUUGUACAUUUAACAUAAAUUCCAAAAGGUCUCCACAAUAGCCUUUUAUUUAACAUUGGCGUACAGGUUUCCUUUCCUUUCCCUGUGAUAAAUGGUAUACUUGGUUUCUUAUAGUGCAAUUUGCUCUGUUAGAAAUGGUGUUUCCCAGCUCAUCUUUGAAAUUUAUUGUGGAUUAUCCUUCUUAAGACAAGACUGAUACAGUAACUGAAUGGUCUCUGUGUGAGAUGAACAGUUACAGAGGAUUGUUAUGUGUAGUGACUUCUUAUUCUUUCCUAAUUUCUAAAGGCUGUAAAGCAGGGAUGGAGAACCCAUGGCCCUGCAGAUGUUGUUGGGUAACUGCUCCCACUAUGCCUAAACAAUGGACUUGCUGGAUGGGAGGAACAUAUGAAGGAACACAUUAACCCUAAUGAUAGAAAUCAAGAGAGGUGCUCAUCUUUCAGCGUUGCAAGGCCCACACUGUUUUACGGAUUUUAUAGAUUAGGAAUUGUUAAGAAGUUUUAGUAUGCCCAAAUUAAAAAUGUGCUAUGUUGUCUUUGUUCCAGAUAAUUUCAUUCUUAUUGAGAAAUACAAAUUUAGUUUGUUCCCAAUAAUUCCUGAAGGAGUAACAAAGCCCACAGUGACAUAUGGAUUCUCCAAAGGUGAGCAACUGGCAUUUUUAGUAGACUUUUCCUUCAGACCAAGAUUUCUUGCUCUAACUUUUAAUGAGAAAAAAAAUCAGAUAAUACGUUGGGAAUGGCAUGGCACAUCUCGAGUCUUGAUUAUGCCAGGAAAAUUCAAUAAUUUUUAAAUGAAUAAUCUUAAUGAUCUGUAAGCAAUUCCAAUCUCUCUACUUAAAGCAUACAUGAGCAUUUCAUUAUUUUUACUUAAUUGCAUGGUUUCAAGAGAAGAGAAAGGGAAAGUCCCAUUGCAUGAGCAGAAUGCCACUCACACAACAUUGGAUACAACUUUAUAUAUCCAAGUCUCAUUUAACUUUAUGGAAUAACAAAUCAAGUUCAACUGUACGAGCUGAUGCAAACAACCAAGUCUGCAAUCUUAUGGUCACUUAAUUGGGAGUAAGGUUCAUUCUGUAGGAUUACAUUGUAAAUAUUCUCUGUACUGAUAGCUGUUUUAAACUGCUGGGUCUUAUUUUCAGCUGGAAGUGAAAAACAGAAUGAUGUGAACUUCUAUGUGAUUCUACCCCUAGUUAUUUCAUGCUCCGUUUUGCUGCUUGGAGGUCUUUUGAUCUUGCACCAAAGGUAAACCUUUCCUGUAUUGAAUCUGUUCGCAAGUUUAGAUUGAGAUGAAUAAUUUGAAAGGUGUUAUAGAUUAAUCCCUGGAAAGGCAAUUUCCAGUAGCAGACAGCAGGGGCGGGGGACGACGACAACAGUGGCACUUACUUGAGCUCCCGCAAGUGUGCCACUGCUGCUUACUGGGAAGGAGAGUGAAAGGAGCAAGGAAACAGGAACAUCUGUGUUUUGCAAGAACAUUGGCAGGUGUGCCGUAAUGGCUAUGCCAUUAGGUAAUUUUUGAAAUUAGGUAAUUUUUAAAUUCAGUUGACAUUUUUAAAGCAUCUGUAGGUGCUAUUGGUUUCAAGAUGGCUUCUAAAAAGAAUAAAUCUUUAUUUGUGAAAUACGUAUUCAGAGUGAAAAGUGAUUAUAUCCUUCACUGUGCCAAAUCAAUAUCUUAUCGGCAUAUUUCAGAAUGAAGAAAUUAUUCUGGGAUGAUGUUCCAAACCCCAAGAAUUGCUCUUGGGCACAGGGAGUUAACUUCCAAAAGGUAUGGAUUCCCACUUAAAUACAUUUCAGUGAUUUGUGAGCUUUAUUUGCUUUUAACUAAUUUAUUUACUCAUCAAGUUUUUUAACAACCCUGUAAAUAAUGGCCAUGAAUAAAGAAAUGAAACUUAAUCAUGUGCCUGCUACUCUCAUGCAAACUUAAAUACUAGAAUGAACGGGGCUUUCUGGAAAUGAAAGCCAAUGCCUACUAUUAAAUUGAUGAAAUUGGGUUCUACAUGGGUUCCACAGGUCCACAUCCAACAAAAAAAUGCCCUAAUCCAGGGAUCUUUUAUGUGAACUGGAGACUCUAGUGUAUGGAAAACUGUUCUCCUUCAAGGCUUUCACGUCAUCACAAGAAGCAACCUCUCAUGCUCACAGAAAUAUGUGCAUGGCUCUCCUCUCUCCUUUGAAUAUAAUAAGGUAGCCCAUGUGAAGAGAAUAUUCUGCAUGCAGUUGGUGCAUAGGAAGCUCUUAGAAUGAGUCAGACCAUUUCACUCAGUAUCUAACUUCCCCCAGCUUGGUUCCCUUUCAGAUGUUGUUCAACUCAAUAUCCCAUCAGCCCCAGCCAGCAUAGGCAAUGGUUGGGAAUGAUAGGAGUCCAACAACAUCUAGAGGGCACUAGGUUGGGGAAGGCUAGUUUAUACUAACUGGUAGGAGCUUUCCAGGGUUUUCACAGUAACCUUUCCAAAUCCUACUGGGAAAUGCCAAGAUUCAACCUAGGCCCUUCUGAAUGCAAAGCAGGUGCAUUCCCAUAGUGAAUGGGUACAUUUCUAUAGGAUUUUGGUGCAUUUAUUGGUAAACUGGACUCUGCUAGUGCAGCUGUUGUAGCUUAAAUGACAAUGUUUACCAUUAGAUAAUUUUACCUUGGAAUCACAAAUGUUAUAUUAAAAAUUGAGAUGGGCACAAGAAAUAUCCUAAUGAUCAAGGAGAAUGCUUGCUUAUUAGGUUUUUCCCCCAUUAUAAGUUAUUUCAGUUUUCAUUCCCAGUGAAAUAUUUAUUUUCUCAUCUUUAUUGUUAAUUUUAUUUCAUUUCAUUUAAACAGAGAAUGGACAUUCUUUGAAGUCUAAUCAUGAUCACUGCCCGCUGAACCAAUGUGACAGCUCCCAGACUUCCUAUACAGAGUUGUUAGAAGAAUUAUCUAUUUGAAUUCAGAAGACAGAAUUACUUACAUAUCAUUUCAUUAUUCUGCUGAUUUUGUUCAUACAUAAUAGUGCUGGAAAUGAUUUUGUUCAAAAUUUGCACUACUGGUAUACAAUUUUGAGAACACUUUCUAUAUUUCAGACCAGGUAAAGGGUUUGCUGGGUUUAAAGGGAGCAUACAUAUCAAGAUAGAAGUUAGGAGGACAUGCCACAUUAUGAUUUAAUAACAUGGGAACAAGCCUACACUUGAGAGCAACCCUCGUCCCUUUCUUUCUCUUGCUUGGCUGGGAGGAGGAGUUUGGACACCUUUAGCUCAGCUUUUUGUUUAUUGCAGUUUGUCAUGUCAUCCAGACCAGCAACUUUGGUUAACAUGGGCUAAGUUUAGUUACAAACAAACUUACUUCAAACUGCAGUUUCUGAAGCAGGCUUGUUUAAACUAACCAUAGUUGACGUUGAUGACAAGUCCAUAACUGAAUGAUAUGGCAAACUGUUGCUGUUUGCUGGCAUCCGUCUGGUGAAGCAAAAUGGAAACUUCUGCCACACAGGAGCAUAUGAGCUCAAGAAGAUGCUUGGCUUGUUCCUUAAUCAACUGUAAGUGAGCAUAAUGUGUGAAUGCAACCAAUGUGUGCCAUGCUAUUCUCACUUUACUCCCCAAGACUCCUGUUAACCAGCCUUAACUGACAUGAAUGCAUAGAGAGAACAUCAGUAGUAUAUGGCUGACUAAAUGAGGGGUGGCGUAAUGGGAAGGGAACCUGAUUUUGCAUUUAAGCCUGAUAUUUCCCAUCCUUGGUUUACAACAAUAGCAACAGGAGUCCAGAAUGCCAUGGCCUUAGAAAGAUCAAUCUUUCUGCCAUAUUUCCAUUUAUUUAUAAAAGGUCUUUUAAAAUGCUUUGCUAGUUGAACCGACACUUCCCAGUAUGUGCUGCUGCGUGUGUUGACCACCUAGAACGUGAUUAUUCUGUGGCGUCAAUAGAGCUCUAUGUAUGUACAGUGGUACCUCGAGUUACAAAUGCCUCAGGUUACAAAUGCUUAAGGUUACAAACUCUGCUAACCUGGAAGUUACUUCAAGUUGAGAACUUUGCCCCACGAUGAGAAUGGAAAUCAUGUGCCGGCGGCGAAGCAGCAGCAAGAGGCCCCAUUAGCGAAAGCACGCCUCUAGUUAAGAACAGUUUCAGGUUAAGAAUGAACCUCCGGAACGAAUUAAGUUUGUAACUAGAUGUACCACUGUAGCUGAGUAGCAUAGUCAGUAGAGGCACAGCCCUGAACUCCUCCCAGUUACUCUAAUAUUUCCUAUAAAUUGAACAGGAAGCAAGAAGAGACUGUCAUGAAUAAGUAACCACAUCUAAAACAGUUUUAUUCAGGAAGAAACCCUCUCUACUUAGUUUGAUUAGUAAGAAAAGUACCCAAUUACUCUGACAUUAUGGCUUUUAAACUUUCGACUGACUUUGAGGUUAUCAGUUGGAAUAUGAAAUAGGAACUUCCUUAGAAACUGAACUUCCAGUUCAAAGUCCUUCAAAAUAGGGCACUCUGUGUUAAUGAGAAGCUAUUAGAUUCUAUGGGUCUGUGAUCUUCUUUGUAUGAAGAGACUUUUCUUAAAGACAAGAGAUGCCUGACAACACUAUUACGGAAGUACAUGUGAUUUCUGUUCAUGUCCAUCAGAGUACUGAAUGUCACACAAGAUAUAUGGAAAAUCCCACUUGUUUGUUUAGCUAUGCACAUCUACUCCACUUUAAUUUCAUUUCAUAGAUGUAUACAUCUCCAAAUUGCCUUUGAAAUGAACAUAAUUCUUAAAACCUUCUUAAUUCCCUGACUGGGUCCUCUGUGAUUAUGCAUAUUACAGUUUCUAGAUAGUCUAUUAAACUCAUUUUUCUUUCUUUAUUGUAUUUACUUGACUAUAUCAAUAGUGUAUUAGCAUUUUAAAAAGCAAUGUCAAUAUAUGUAACAGAGGAUGAGUUCUGAAAGCAACAGGAUUUUCCAUGCCCUCCCUCCAAUUUCUGUUUACCUCAGUGCACUUGGUGUAGAAGUUCAGUUUUAGAAGAAGCUCCUAAAAAUAUUGAACAUGUUUGAACAAAAAGUUUAUUAUUGGAAACACUAAAGGGGCUAUACUUCCUAGUGUAAGUAUAGGACUUGUGUACAGGGCAUUGUACCUAUGGCUCAAUGGAGGCCUUUUUCUACUUUCCCCUCUUGAAAUGCCUGCAGAGGUGAGAACACAGGCAUCACACCAGGGUAUUGCAGGGGACAGGAGGUAUUUGAACACCUACCAGCCAGCCAUUCUUAAUUACUUAGGCAUGGGGAGCUGGGGAUAGGGAGCAGGACGAGAGGGAAGACAGAGAAAUAAGAUUCUGCCCACACCAGAAAGGAUGCCCUAAGGUAACAUAGAAAUACCAAAAUGUAAUUGAGAUUUUCUACAAAAGAAAAAUGCAACAUAAACAAAGGGCAUGCAGUAAAAAUUAAAUUAGUCAUCUUCAUUAACCUUAGUUGGUCUACUCUUGAGUAGGAGUAAUGUUUCAGACAACCUCAUGUCUACAGAAUAUUGAAAAACCAUUAUUUUUUGCAGCCACACUCCAAUCCUUCAAAACUACCAAGUUACAGUUUCCCCAGUGAAGUCAGUGGGAUCACUUUUUCAUAUCGUGAAUACAAAUAAAUUGCAUGUAGGACUUUAAGUGACUGUAUUUUGCACUCUCUCGUUAUCUUGCAGUUGAAUCCAAACUAAAUUUUAUAUGACAGCUACUGAAGUUAUGAAUGCUCCCUUUGUGUUACUAUUCACAGGCUUAAAUUGCUGUAAAAAUGUUUUCCUGGCACUCCCAUUUGAUGCAUAUAUUCAAGAGCAAAUAUUUAACAGCCAAAUGCUUAAGCAAUUUACUCUGCAUUUAACUAUUUUAUCAUUGUAGCAUUGUGGGGUGUUUUUUUCCAGGAAACAGUACCUACAACAUCUAACUCAUAUUAACUCAUAUUAAUUCAUAUUCUAAUUCAUAUUCAUUCAUGCUAACAUAUGGCUUAUUUGAUUUAUGCAAUCUGUGUCCUUGAUUUGACCCUGUAGGUCAAGUAUCAGAGAGCUGCAUUAGAAAGCUGUAGUGGUAAACUCAAGCCCUAUCACUGUGUGAUCUGUGGGAGCCUCAUACGUCUCUCUGUACAGAAAAUCUCUAUAGCACCCAAGGGACCCCUGUGUUAUAUAAGCAGUCUCUCUUCUCCUAUUUUAGCUACUGCAAUUUUUUGUAUUUUGAUAGUCAUAUAGAUUUAUAAGCCACUUUUCUUUAGUUUCUUCUCUGUUGGGCUUAUAAAAACUGCCUACCUGAGCAGGGUAAGAGGAGAAGCUAUGCACCUGGAAUGCAUAGCCUUAUCCCAUGACUCUAGAACUAGCCCUGGGUAGCUAGUAGGUAGGAAGGAAGCAAAAUGGCAUUACAUUUUAAUCAAUAUCUGAUCAGAGUAUGGGUUUAGUACCACUGGAUACAAAUUUGCAGGAAAUGGUUUUGAUUUUUCAAGAAGCCAGAAUAAUUCCCCAUGCAGACUUAACAGAUACCAGAAAACAUCUCGUCAGAGUAGGAAGCAACUUGACCAGAUAUCAGGAUACAGUAGCCUGUUAGGUAUGGCACUUGACUAAAUUCUUGAAGUUGAUAAGGACUGGCUGCUCUUGAUAAACACUUGUACCAAUGACACAUAUAUCCAUCAUUAUUUCUACCGGAUUGGAGAAGUAAGGGGUGCAGAUAGACCGCAUCAUUUCUUCCAUAUACUAUAGGCUAUAAAACUUGUGAACCUUAAUUACCCAGGCUGGAUGGCUUUGGGUGGACUUUAAUAAUUUGCAGAGACUGUAAUUGUUGACCACAGCCAAUUUUACUUGUCAACUUGUGGGUUUUAAGUGCUGCAAAACUUUGCCCUCCCCAUUAUUCUCAUAAUUCCUCCUAAAUGACAUGAAUGAAAAACUGGCUCAGAGCAAUUGCUUUAACAAAUUUUGAGGCCCUUUUCCCUGAAGUGGGUGGGUGCUCAUUGUGCUAGUUGUAUGAACCAGUUUGCUGCCAAAGUGCACUAUAGCCCAGUCCUUCGAAGUGGAAAUGGGUAGGAACUUUUUCCUACCAGUCUACUCCAAAGGCAUAAAUAGGGAGCAAGACUCAGGGCUUCAGCACUGCCAAUGUAAUGCAUGCAUACUUUCUCUUCAUUGACAAGAAUGAAAAUCUGGUUCAGAACAAUUAUGUUUCCCUUUGUUACAUAAGCUCAUCAGAGACUGACCUGAAAUGGAACCUUCAGUAUUAUUCAAACUCCAAUGGUAUCAUAAAUGUAAAUGUGUUACAAAUUUCUGGCACUAAUCUCUCUUUUGUUAUAAUGCUUAUGCACACUACUUAAAAUAAAGCAUACAACUUCAUGAAAUGUGAAUGCCAUUACAUUCAUCAGGCUUUUAAAGUUGUGCCAAAUUAAGAAUAAUAAAAUUGAAGUGUUUAAUGUAUUUCCUUUUCCCCACCUUUCUUUUCUGUUCAUUUCAAGUCAUUAAUUAAUAAAUGAGCAUUAAAAUGU